AUGGCUGCCGGAAGGUUAUUGCUCUAUGCCGGUCUCUCUUUAGCGUUGUGUGCUCUAGGCAUGCUGGCUGUGGCUAUCUGCUCUGACCAUUGGUAUGAAACUGAUGCCAGGAAGCACAGGGAACGGUGCAAAAGCAUCACCACCCGGAGGAAUGACCCCGGCUUCAUUUAUAACUCUAACAACAACCUGCCCCUCAGAGCCAGCAGGUCUAGAUUGGACCGUUGGGAAGGGAAACUUCUCUUGGCAAGAAACAGGAGGCAGCUCUUUGCCAUGAGUGCCGUUGAUGAGUGCAACAGACAGUACAACUCUACUAACAUGGGGCUGUGGAGGAAAUGCCAUCGGCUGGGAUUUGACCUCGACUUGGAGGAGCUCAUUGCUAAAGGUAGGGUUUCUUUUUCAGAAGCAGUUGUCCAAUAUAAGUUUAUUGAAUAAGCUGAAACCAGGUGCAAAGAUACUGUGCAAUGCCUACAAGUGCACCACCAGAUUAUCCCAUUAGCCCAACAAUCACAGUUGAGAGAGUUUUCUUUUCUGUGGGAAGGAUAGCUGUUGGCUAUGCUCUGAGUGACUUGACUUGGAACAUAUAUGAAGGUCGAGACAUUCUGCUGGGCUUAUAGACUUUAUAGGAAGGGGUCUGCAUGGUCCUCAAAUCUUCUGCUCUGUAUAAUUUUUUUUAAUAAGGCCACAAAUCACUGUGGCAUUUAGCACUCUUUACUUAAUGCAUAAACAGUGCAGAAAAUAACCAGAUGAGCAUUUUGAAUUUGACCCCGAUUAACUGAAUCCUGCUAAUUUUUGGUUGUCGCUAAUCUUACGCUAGAAAGCUAACUUACUUCUGAAUAAACUAAUAGACUUCUUUAAACAUCAGAUAGGGAGCAAACAAGGAGAAGUGCAAGCAAGAGGUGGGGAUAGAAUGUGUGCAUAUUCAAGCUCAGUGGUUACAGGUUAUUUAAAAAGAGAUCAUUGAAUUUCAUUUGGCAAAAGUACCGUGUUAAAGCUCUAAAAUGAAAUAAUGUUAUGCCUCCUCCCCAAGGAGAGUCAUAUGUUGACAAAAAGCGCAGAUAUAUCAUUUCCUCCUUUUUCAUGCAGCAUUUGGCCAACAAGGUUAGUCAAUCUACUUGGAUUAUUUCUUCUGCUCAUAGCACAGUACGCAAAAAGGUAUAUAAUGAAGCAGCUUCAGUUAAAUAUUUAUCUAGAAAAAGGGUAUGUGAAGGAACAAGUGGAUUGUUUUUGCUUGGUUUCUGCCCAUGUUUUUAUAUCUUUUUGCUGCAAAACAGAAUAUCCUCCAGCAGUUCUUGGAUUAAUUUAAAAGAUCACCUGCAAGGUUUUCGUUGCAUAUAGGGAUUAGGCUGGUUUUUCCUUUAUUUUAUAGAGCUUCUGUUUAGCUAGCUUUAUCCUUCUCAAGCUCUGUUAAAAAUAUGUUUGUCUUCAGCAUAGAUUCCAAGUGCAUUUGCAUAAAUAUAUAACUUUGGUUCAUUUGCUAUACAUAAAGGAUUGCAAAGGUCAACACCCUGACAUCAAACACUCUUUAUGAAUGAGCAAUUGGAAGCCUGUUGGCUAUUUGUUAUGAGUUCAAGUUCAAACGCAACUUUGGGGUUUAAUGGCUAGAAGGCGUUAUGAGCUAGCGGCUGUUUCGUGACUUCAUGAAAUGCAUUCUUGGACCUGUUGCAAUUUGUAAUGGGCAACUGUCCAUGCUCAGAAGCUGUCAUCACAACAAGCAUUCUGAUUGGCAGGCUUAGCAGGGAAACCAAGGAUUCUUCUAGGUCAGGCUUUGGGUUUCUUGGCGUAGGACCAAAAGGAAUGAUGGGACUAUGUCUUGGACAGACCUCUUCUUUUGAUAAGUAACUUAGGUCUCUGCUGCUCAUAGGUGCAAAUAACCCCCAGCUUUUAGCUUGGCAAUAUACUGCCAAUAUUGCAAUGCCUUUGUACAAAUAUUUGGUGCAGCCACACUUGAAAUAUUGUGUAUGGUUUUGGUCACUGCAUCUCAAAUGUAGAGCUGGAAAAUGAAGACAGGAGCAACCAAAAUGAUCAGGGGCUGAACUGGAGCACUUCUGUAACUCCUUUACGAGGGUAGGUCACAGUAUUUGGGGCUUUUUAGUUUGGGUGGGUGGGUGGGUGGGGGGGACAGGUGAGUAAAGUGGGACAUGGCUCUGGUAAACAAAAGUGUGUGUGUUGUAGAGAAAGAGAACAGGGAUAUGUUUCCCCCUCUAGAAUCCAGCGACUCCCAAUGAAAGUGAACGUUGGAAGAUUCAGGAAAGGCAAGAAGAAAUAUUUAUUUACACAGCACAUAGUACAACUAUAGAAUUUGCUAGUCCAUGGUGUAGUAAUGGCUGCCAUCGUAGACUGUUUUGAAAGGGGAUUAGACAAAUGCUGUCAAUGGCUCCCAGGCACUGAUGGCUUUAUAUUGCCACCAUUAUGGGAAGCAACAUGCCUCUGAGUACCAGUCACUGAGGAAUAACAGUGCAGAUGGGGCAUUUUCCUCAUGUCCUGCUUCUGGAUUUUGCAGAGUUGUUUGGUUGGCCAUUGUGAAAUAGGAUACUGGGCUAGACAGGCCUUUGGUCUAAUUCAUCUGGGUUACUAUUAAGCAGGGCAGAUAUUGACACAGGUGUAAAUCUGGAAAAUCUACAUUACAAGUUGCCUCAGGCAUGAGCUAACUUAGUAGCUUUGGGCAAACAACCAUGCAUGGUCUCAACUGUCCAUUAGCAAAAUGGAAAUAGUAAGAAUAUGAGUUUUUUUUGAGACUGAGACUGAUGGGAAUGUGAUAGUAUGUUAGAUUUUUUUGAAAUCUAAAAAAGAGUCUGAUACAUCGAAUAGGAAAUGUAUGGUAUUUGUCUACUCUUCCCUGCCACAACUCCAUUUUAUUUAUUUGAAACGUUUUAUAAGACCUAUAAUAUAGGUAAUCUCUUAGAGCAAAGCCUUCACAAGCCAUUGCAUAAAAUGAAAUGAGAUGCGUUAAGAGAGAUUUUCGAGCAUCAAACACCAUAAGAAUUUAGCACUACUGUAAAGAAGCAAGAAACAGUGGCUUUCUAGAUGUUAUCAAAUUGCCACCAACCCCAGCUAGCAUAACUCAUGGUCAGGGUCAAUGGGAGCUGGUUUAGGACGAGAAUCUCUAAAUGAUUUUUUUUGGCCCCAUUUAGCAAGGGAGGUCUGUCUUGUAGUUUCUGAGAUCUAAGUUUUGUUUUACUAAAACUCUGAGAUCCACCAAGAGAAGACGGGGUGCAGAAGACAUAGACUUAGAAUGAAAUAACAUGAUGUCUCAGAGUAGCCACUGAGCACAGGGAUUUGUUUUGAAGAUGAGAACCAAGCUUCCAUACUAAAAUCCAUUACUGGUUACUUCAAGAUUUCUUCAUCCCAGCAGUCUAAUAUGUGUGUUAACCAAUAAGAUGCAACUUCACCAAGCAGAAGAUGUGGGCUACUUUGAGACAGUCCAGCCUAUGUGUGGGUUAUUUGGUUGUUUUUUAUUGUUAAGCAAACUGGGAAAUCAUGAUGAAGAUUGGGCGGCUAUGUGGGGAAAAAAUCCUUAUAAAAUAACCUCAUCUAGUUUAAAAUAAAAUUCUUUAAAACUAAUGCAAAAAUGGCAUUAACGCCUACGAAAUAGCUAAAAUGGAUAAGUCAUACUCACCUGUUUGCUGGAGGGCACGUACAGCUCACAGUUCCUUCACGCAUAUGUGGUGGGACUGUGCCAAAGUUGCCUAGUUCUGGGAAGAGAUUUUUAUAGAAAUAUCAAAAAUACUGGGAAAACUGGGGAUGGGGGGGAACGGCACUUGAAAUAGUAUUGUUGGGUAUAUUCAGUGGAGAUAACCAAGGAUUAUUAUAUAAACAUUUAAUUGGUUAGUUAUUAAUGGCCUCAAGAAUAUUGAUAGCUAGAAAUUGGAAAGAAGCAGAAAGUUUAUAUGAACUAAAAUGGGAUAAUAUAAUUUUUUUGGGGGGCGGGAUAGAAAUCCUUAAAAAGCGGACACAAAAACUUCAAGUGGCUGGAGGGCAAAAAACAAAUAAACCCUGAGAGACUUUUAUGCUGGAAUGGUGGCCAUUCAUCCAGUGCAGUAACAAGGACUCUAGAGGACAGACUGUACCUGCCAUGUUCUGCAAUAUAUAGCUGUGUUAACAUUUUCUUUCAUAUUGAUAACAGCAACUUUCAUUCUCUUGCCACUUCAGUGCUUGCAUGACCUUUGCUAUUAUUGUUUACAUCUGAGCUAUGCCUUAGGGUUGGGCAAAUGUGGGGAAGGGGAGAUGUUCAGUUUGCAAUUUUUUAAUCAAAAUAAAUCCUUGAUGAUCUACUGCAUACCACCCAGACAACUGCCAGCAGAUCUUGAGCUACCUUUUGCCACCUCCCCCUCUCAUCACAGCCAGCCCAAGAUAUUUUGCUGCCUUGGUGGAGGACUAGAAUCUUGCUUCCAAUUACACAUCCAGAAGUUGGCUGAAGCAGCAGCUGAAUCUUACUUCAACACUGGUGAUGCAGUAGCAUCCUCCACUGAGGCAGCGGGUCAGAUUAGGGAGCCCAGUAAAGGCCAUGUGGCAACAGAGGGGGAAUGGUUGGGAACUUGGGAGGAAUAGGCAGGGGCUCCUAUUGCUGCCCCUAAGCAUCUGCCACCUGAGACAGUUGCCUCACUCUGCCUAAUGGUAGGACAGGCCAUUAAGAUCAACUGGGCAAGCUCUAAGGCUUACAAUAUCUCCUCCUUCUUGCGUAGGAAUGGAGGAGUAAUUCAUCCCCCCCAGUAAUUCAUUUUUGUUUUAGAAUAAAAGAAGCAGUUUAACAACAACAACAACAACAACAACAACAACAACAACAACAACAACACUAUCUUGCAUUUUUGUUUUGUUUUAAUGAUACUGUUUUUAGGUUGUACAUCACUUAGAGAUUCUUAAAAUACGAAGCGGUUUAUAAAUGCUUUAAAAUAAAAUAAUGAAAUAAAACAACAUUAAAACCCCUGCUAAAUUUACGUUACAUGGCAAAUCUACCUGUUUCAGCAGCUGCUGAAAACAGCACGGCAAAGGUCCCCUGCUUAAUAUCAGUGGGGACAGAGUUUCAGAAUGUAGGCGCUGCCACACUUGAAGGAUCAGUUCCUUGGAAAUGCAGAAUACACACACCCCUACACUUUUAAGGAUUCAUAGCCUGCUUUUAAACACUAGUUUCACAGAGGGCUAACAAUCAAAGCAAUAAAGCAUUAUACUAAACAGUAAUACAACAGCAACAAGCAGGAUAACAUGAAGCUAUAUAUUGCUAUAAAAGAAGAUACAGACGGGGGGAGCAUGUAUCACAAGGGCCAAACCACACAUCAUGAUACCUCCCUGGUGUGGGGUGUGUUUGAAUGCCGUUUUGGCUACAUAAGUAACGGCACUCACAUCUUGAACAUUGGAGAUGGAGGGAAUGGUCCUAGUGAUAUUAUGGAGCCCUAGAACAUUCCCCCACCACUUCUUUAAAAUACUCCUGAACUCCUAGCUGAAUUUCCAGAUACACAGUGUUCCAAGGAGCUGAUCUUUUGACCUACUGCUUUCACAAUAAAUUACUUUAGGAGAUCUGUUAGAUCUGUUUCUAGAGAGAAAGGAAAUUAAGUCCACAGUGAAGGAGGAAAUGGUACAAAGCAAGAAUCCCAGUUCUUGACGCCGACUUCAACUGGAGAUUGCACAAUACACUUCAGAGAAUUUAUUUGGUCUUGCUGAUUUCAAAGCUGUCUCUUAAUGCUUGUAUCUGGAUUACUCUGAGCUAUUGCUUUGAUACACACCUACUUCUUAUGAGGGACAAAACCGAGUACCCCAAUGGGUCCACAUUGGAACUAGACAAGGAGAAGAUGGAAUGAGUACCACAGGGAAUCCCAAGGACAUGUGCAGUGCAACCUUGUGGAUGCUUACUCAGAUGUAAGCUCCAAUGAAUUCAGUAGGAUUUACCCUCAAAUAAAUGUGAGAGUGUUUUUGAUAUUUUUAAAAGCUGAAUGGUGAACUCACAUCUGCAGCAACACAUAUAGGCUUCUUAUAAAAGUAUGCAUGAGAGAAGGGGGCAAGACAAGGCCUGAGCAGGCUUCAACCUGCAGAUAUCGCUGUGCAUAAGACAAGCUGUGAAACCAGCUUCCACCUGUGGUUGAAGAAACUUGCUCUGACCCCUCUUUGAGAAUCCCACAUCUGUUCAUCUUGAGUUAUUCUCUGCCUUUCCUCUUUUGGCAGUUUUUGGGGCUCUGAGCUUGAUUUUUGUUUCUUUCUUUAGCUUUUCAGUUGAAUGACUUUGUAUUGCUGCAGUUCAUCCUUUUAUUAUAUUGGUUCAUAUGCAUUUGACUGCAUAUUGUCUUGGAAGAUCUGGUUGAUAUCCAGCUAACUCAUACUGUCACAGGAAGAUCUUCAUUUGUGCAAUGGAACUCCCCUCCAUCCAGUCUCUGCACACACCCUGUGCCCUCUCCAAAUUACUCUUGAGAAAUGGGAACACUCCCAGAACAGAUUUGGGGAGGGAGGGAGUUUCCAUUGCACAAGUUGGAAUCCCCACACAGAUGAAAUGGGUUAGUUGGCUACUGCCUGUCAUCUGUUUGUAUGCUUCUUGAAACAUUCCUCUUUCUAGUUUGUGGUGAAGUGGCACCCACACCAGCAACUCCUGAGAAGGGCAACUGGCCCUGGUCUUCAUGGGCAUAGGGUAGUGGGUGUCUUGAAUCCCUGGCUUACCUGGUGGCAAGUCAGUUUGUCACCCAAAGUUCAAAGUCUAGGGGGGUCAAUCCAUGCAAGCAAAGUCCAAAGUCUGAAGGUCAGGAAACACAAUCCAGGGUCCAUCCAAGUAAGUCAAGUAUGAAGUCCAGCAGACAGGAUACAGUCCAGAGUUAAACCCAAAGCACAGUCCCAUAGAGGUCCAGGAGCAUCCAAGUCAAGGUCCAUCAACAUGGAUAGUUGAGCAGACACUUUUGCACCUCAGCUCUGCUUCCCUUUUGUACUUUGCAUGCUGAUUGCAGCAUCUGGGCUUGACUACACAUGUGACCCUUACCUGUUCCAAGCCUACUCCAGCUGAUGAAUCACACACUUCCUCCUAGAGCUAGCAAGCCUCACCUGGCCAGCUAGGGAGUUGGGCUGUGGGCCCUUGUCUGCCUGUGCCUCCUGGAGCAUCCCACCCUCUGCUCCCUAUGCCUCAGAGAUAGGGGCCCUCUGGAGAUAGGGACCCCCUGGCUCUGGUGAAGGGUCCUGCUGCUCUGGUUCCUAUGCACUGACCUCCAUUCUCUUGUCAUCCUCCGUCACCCUGUGAAUACUCCCUUCCCUGCUUGCCCCGGUGUGUCCUAGUCCUGGCUACACCCCUCACCAGGAUUGCCUUCCUCCUCUUCCUCCUCCUCCCUAUUGUAUUGUCAGUUCAUGACAGUGGAUGGAAUUUGCCUCCAUAACUUUUGCAUUGUUCUCAGCCACAUGAUUCCCUCCCUGUUGCUCAUCUGCUCCCAUAUGUAAGGAUAUAACAUAAGAGCCCUGCUGAAUCAGACCAAAAUCCCAUCUAGUCGAGUAUCCGGUUCUCAACCAUGGCCAACCAGCCAUCUCUCUUGGAUUCUUCCCUAUAAUACCUCAACCUUAUAUAGUCACAAUCUACAGUAUUUAUUUUCAGUUCACCUUUGAGGCGAUUUCUUAAAUUUAUCUAAAGGCUUCAGUGACCAUUUGUUUACCUCCUUAAAUAUGAACCCUCUGCUAAGACAAGGACCCGCUAGUGGGAAUUCUUUGUUUCUUCCUAUACAAGUUGUUACACGACUCUCAUUGCCAUGGUAUUUUCCUAUCAUGCGUUAAGUGAUGGGUCUAACAUCUGUCACAUAUUGUUGCUUGACUCUUUCCUUUUUUCCCCAAGGUAAGACUGAGUGCAAUGCAAUGUUCUGUUGGUCUGGGGAAAGAUUCAUGUGUUUUUCACUUUUUCUGAGUAUGAAAUCCUUCCAGCAUCCCAAGGCAAGGCCAGCAAACUGUGCCUUGUACUUUUUUUUGGGGGGGGGGGGGGAGGAAAAGCAUGGUAUUAAUACAGAAGAGAUGCAACCAUGGCUUACUUGCACAAUGUGUACACAGAGGAAACUUCCUUUUGCCAAGUCAGAGGCCAUUGCCUGCUUGUUCAGGAUUGUGCGGCCACAGCUCUCCAGGGUUUCAGAAAAGGGUGCUUUUGUGCCAUACCUGGAGAUGCCACAAAUUGAACCUGGUUCAUCCCUUCUUCAUGGAAGACACAUGCUACAGCCUUUCCUGCAGUAUGAUUGUUCUCACUAUGUCGGGCAUGGGUAGCUAAUGUGAUACUACUGAGAUGCUACUGGAUUACAACCUCUGACAAUGACAGACCCUCCAAGUGUCCCUAUUUCCCAGGGACAGUCCCAGAUUUACAGAAACCUUCCCAGUUUCUGAUUUGAUCCUGGAAUGUCCCGCUUUUGCUUAGGACGUCCCUAUUUUCAUCAGAGAAAUGUUGGAGGGUAUGCAACGAGGAGGCAUUGCAGCUAUCAGCUCAGGAGAGAUCAGGUGAUACUGGGAGGUACUAGGUUUUCACCUGGUUCCCUAAGGUUUCGGACUAUGGUCUAGCUCCAGAGUCUGAACAACUGUUGUUUAGGUACAGACGGAGCUGCUCUCAGACUGACUGUUGCUCCCACUUAGCUACUGAAGUUUCUGUCUGAUGCUUGCUUGAUUCCAGACUGCCUGCCCUGGCAGCUAUGAAGUAGAUGGUAAAUAACUUCAGUUGGUCAGUCCAGACAGGCAUAAUUCUAGAGCAGGGGUGUGCAACUUGCGGCCCUCCAAAUGUUGUAGAACUCCAACUCCCAUCAGCCCCAGCAAACAUGGCAAAGCAGUCAAGAAUGAUGGGAGUUGUAGUCCAACAAUAUCUGGAGGGUCAUAGAUUCCCCAUCCCUGGUCUAGAGAUAAUGGUGCCCUUUUGGCAAAGGAUUGACAGAAAUAUUGAGAAUUCUGAUCUUCUGGGUUGCAAAUUACCCACUUCCCCAGGUCUUUCCCCUGUGCUUCCAGCGGCAGAGGAUAUGCCCACGCUGCCCAGGGUGGGUGUACUCCUGGGGGGGGGCUCCCGAGGGCGGCAGAGCACGGAGGGUGCCCUCCCAGGUGCAGCAUAGCCACUUGGGUGCAUAGAGCGGCACGUGUGCCCUGCAACUGGGGGCGGAGUGAGCCGCCGAUGGCGGACAUUUGGCGCGCCGCCUGCCCGCAAUUCCCAAGCCUCCCCCAGCUGUCAAAACGAAGGGGGAAGGGGGGAAGAAGAGAAGAAGAGUUUGGAUUUGAUUUCCCGCUUUAUCACUACCCGAAGGAGUCUCAAAGUGGCUAACAUUCUCCUUUCCCUUCCUCCCCCACAAUAAACACUCUGUGAGGUGAGUGGGGCUGAGAGACUUCAGAGAAGUGUGACUAGCCCAAGGCCACCCAGCAGCUGCAUGUGGAGGAGCGGAUACGCAAACCCGGUUCCCCAGAUUAUGAAUCUACGCUCCUAACCACUACACCACACUGGCUCUCCGUCACAAAGCAAACCGGCACAGCUCCUCCCUUCCCCCAAUGGCUUGGGGUAGGUGUGGGAGUCGUGGAAGGGUGGUGGGCCAAAUGUCACCUCCCUCAAUGAAGACACCUGGGCGGUCCACCCCCACUGCAGCCCCUUCCUCUGCCCCUGUGUGCUUCUUUCCCAUUUUGUUCUCCAUCCUGUCACUUGCCUGCCUGCCUGCCUGCCCCCUCCCCAGGAAGAAUGUGACCCCCACCCGGUAAGAUCAACCUUCUGCUUUUCUCACAGUAGCUGCACCGGGACUGACCCUUCCCUUGCAAUGUUUAAAACGUUAUGUGACAUCUUCGCAGGGAUGAGGCAAUUGCAAAAGUCAAUGCUUGUUGAGGGGAAAAAAAUGGCUGUCAGACGACGUCAAUGCUGUCAUGUCGGGCAAUGAAUGCUGACUGUUGGUGUUGCCAGGUGGAGGGAUUCAAGCAGAACUGGGUUGUCACAAAGUGGAUCCUCAUAACUCUUUACUGAGUAAUGGCUCCUCCAGAUAUGGAAGUCCCCAGAUAUGUGGCGGAUCAGGAGUCAUGUUAGGGGGUGAUGAUCUAGGGGAACUUUUGCAGUGGGUCCAUAGCUGUCAACUUUCCCCUUUUCUUGCAAGAAAUCCUAUUCGGAAUAAGGGAAUUGCCCUUAAAAAAAGGGAAACAUUGACAGUUGUGAGUGGGUCCUGAAUCUACUGCCCCUCACUCUUUUAAAAGCUAUUUUUAAAAACUUCACCAAUAGCAAGGUUGAGGACUCAUGUGACUGGUAGGUGGGCAGUCCUGUCAAAGUUGACCCACAUGGUGGGGGGUCCUGUUUUGCCAGCACAUUCCCUGUAGGAAAAGCAAUGGUGAAGCACUGGUGAACCCCCAUCCCUUAGCUGAUGUCAUCCAGUCUUGGCAGCUGAUUGGCAGGAUUUUUUAUUUGGGGGAAAUGGCCUUGAGGGCUAUAUUGGACUCUCUAGCAGGUCUAGAGGGUUCCCUGCUUCUGACUCAUAGCUUGACUGGGCACACUGCAAAGUACUGUGUGUGAGAGAGUCUGCCACCCUUGGGUCAUGGGGUCUGUGCCCUGAAUCCCUUAAAUACCCAGCAAUGCCCCUGUGGGGAACCAAGUAUUACCAUGGCUCCUGAUGUCUGUAAACUAGUGAGUAAUGGACUGUGCAGUCACCACAUUGAGAGACUAGAUUUCCACAUUUUUUAAAGAUUUCGACUGUUGAGUCCACUGAGGAUUGGACCCUAUCAGGUGAGUUAAUUCCCCUUGAUUCUCUGUCUGGAGGCUGCUGGACUUAUUGCUUGGGUAGAAAUCAGAUUGUCUGAAUCCUCCCUGAAUUUCUACAAUCAAUCAGAUGGUGGAUGGCUUCUUAGGUACAACAGGGUCUCUUGCAGGCCAGGUAGUAAUUCUCUGCUGCUUCCUGCACUGCCUGGGUGGCUGCUCGGGGCCAAAUGGAUUUAAAUGCAAUACGGGCAUUUAAUAGAUCUUGCUGUUAAUUAAAAAAAUAUCCCCUGCAUGGGUGGACCUGGUCACGAUCAAGGGGAUAGAGUGUCCCCUUUGUGAGGAAAGGUUGCAGCACUUGGAACAUUUUAGCAGCUAGAGCAACCCAGAUAGAGGGGCAGGGAAUAAUAAUAAUAAUAAUAAUAAUAAUAAUAAUAAUAAUAGUAAGUGGUGACUUGAUAGAAGUUUAUAAAAUGGUGCAUAAAGGUAAAGGUAAAAGGACCUCUGACCAUUAGGUCCAGUCGUGACCGACUCUGGGGUUGCGGCACUCAUCUUGCUCUAUAGGCUGAGGGAGCUGGCGUUUGUCUGCAGACAGCUUCCGGGUCAUGUGGCCAGCAUGACUAAGCCGCUUCUGGCAAACCGGAGCAGCGGACGGAAAUGCUGUUUACCUUCCCGCUGGAGCGGUACCUAUUUAUCUACUAGUACUUUUUUUUUGGCAUCCUUUCAAACUGCUAGGUUGGCAGGAGCUGGGACCGAAUAACAGGAGCUCUUCCCGUCGCGGGGAUUCGAACCGCCGACCUUCUGAUCGGCAAGUCCUAGGCUCUGUGGUUUAACCCACAGCGGCAUGGAGUAAAUCAUAGAAUUGUUGAGUUGAAGGAGACCCUGAGGAUCAUCUCGUCCACCCCCCUGCAAAGCAAGAAUAUGCAACUGUCCCACAUAAGGAUCAAAUUUGCAACCUUGGCAUUACUAGUACCAUGCUCUAACCAACUGAACUAUCCAUGCUGAUAGUUUUUCUCCCUCUCUCAUAACACUAGAAGUUGUGGACAGCCAAUGAAACCAGCUGUUGGGAGAUUUAGGACAGAUUAAAGGGGACUUGCUUCUUCAGAAGGAGAUGAUGGACACCAACUUAGAUGGCUUUAAAUGAGGAUUGGACUAAUUCCCGGAGGAGAGGGCUAUUAGUGGGGCUACUAGCCAUGAUGGCUAUGCUGUGCUUCUGGAUUUGGAGCCACAUUGCUUCUGAAUACCAGCUAUUGGAGACCAGAGGAAGGGAGAGGGCCCUUGUGCAAGGGGUUCUGCUUGUGGGUUUCCUGCAUGCAUCUGGUUGGCUGCUGGGAGAGCAGGAUGCUGUCUAGAUGGGCCAUUGGCCCCAUCCAACAAACACUUCUGUUCUUGCAGGAGAGGGGCAUGUGUUAAUUCUUCUCCUUUGCACUUCACUCCCAUCGAAAAUCACCCCAAACCAUUGCUACAGUCCCUUAGGGGGAUGACACCUCCCAGCAAAAAUGCCAUUGCUAGUGCUGGUGGUAUUUUUUCCUGGGAUGCGGCAUAGGAUCUACAUUGGCUCCCAGUAUGUUUCCGAGCACAAUUCAAAGUGUUGGUGCUGACCUUUAAAGCCCUAAACGGCCUCGGCCCAGUAUACCUGAAGGAGAGUCUGCCCGGACACUGAGGUCCAGCGCCAAGGGCCUUCUGGAGGUUCCCUCACUGCGAGAAGCCAAGUUACAGGGAACCAGGCAGAAGGCCUUCUCAGUAGUGGCACCUGCCCUGUGGAACGCCCUCCCACCAGAUGUCAAAGAUAAAAACAACUGCCAGGCUUUUAGAAGACAUCUGAAAGCAGCCCUGUUUAGGGAAGCUUUUAAUGUUUAAAAGACCACUGUAUUUUAAUACUUUGUUGGAAGCCGCCUAGGGUGGCUAGGGAGACCCAGCCAGAUGGGCAGAGUAUAAAUAAAUUAUUAUUAUUAUUAUUAUUAUUAUUAUUAUUAUUAUUAUUAGGAAGAAAGGGUUUAGCCCCACUUCCCCAUGUGCCAUGGUUCUGCUCCUGCACACUGUUUUUGAAAGCACUACAUUGGGUUAUGUACAUUGGUUUUUCUCAGUCACACAAGGGAAGCAAUUGCUGCCUCAUUUCAAUGUGGCAGGGGCACGUGAGUUAGAUGUGAAUAUAGCCUCUGCCUUACCCACUGCAGAUGGGCAGCGAUUAACAGACAACUUUCUUCUGGGGAAAGUGUUGAUUUUCAAAGGCUUUCCAAAUGGCUUCCUCCUGUUUCUGAUGGCCUUUGUUGCUAAGAGGGUGACUCCUUUGACAUUUCAGGGUAAUGAUGUAAGGAACAUGGAUACAUUUUCCUGUGGUUUCCAUAGGAGACAUACGGGAGCCAGCUUGUACCUGUCACAAUUUUUUAAAUUUUUUUUUUUGCCAGCCAGGUUUCAAAGGGCCUUAGGAGAUAAUCUUCUCCAGCAAGUGUCUGCCUGAUGCUCUUGAUUGCUGGUGUUCAGCUUGUGUGACCUUUGCAGAUGUUUGCGUAGCUUUAUAUGCUCAUUGCUUUCAUCUGGUAUUGCCAUUUCAUGGCAGCUAACGAAGGGAGUGAUUUCUUGAGUGCUCCAGUGGUCUGCAUUGCUCUGCUCUGGAAUCGAAAGGAAGAUUUGGAAGGGGGCCACUGGAACCUGUACUUUGAAUUCUUCAGUUUUAUUAUUGGGUACACACACAUAUAUGGAUAGAUACUUGGAAGAGAACCAGAAGGCAACCCAUUCUUAGAUCUCUACAGGAAAGCACGCUCUCCUCACAAACCACCGUGUCAGCAUGGUGUGCCAUAUCAAUGUGCCUGCCAAACAGAUAGCUCAAGCAAGUGAGCCAAGUCACAAUUUACACGUGAAGGAAAAGCUGAGCUGUGACUCUUUGUAUCUGUACCCCUGCUUUUGAAACAGCAGCACUGCCACAUUAUGUGCCUCUGCUAUUCAACAGAGUGAUUUUGAAAGGGCAGCAUAUUAUAUGAUGAUGACAGCAUCUUUAUAACCAAGGAGUGGGAGAGGAGCUUGUUGGAUUUUCUGCAUCUGUUGCCAAGAAAUAAGUUGGUUGGCCUUGGGUACCACUAUGCACCUUGACUUGGUUGGAGGUAUUUGCUGCUCUGCCUCCAUCAGAAAAAUGUAUUGUGUCAGCCUGUAUGGGAGAGAUGCCUAGGGUUGCUCCAACAUGGCAGUGAAACCACAAAUGUGGAGAAGGAGUUUGGUUCCUGGCCAGGUGGAGCCAACCACAGAGUUAGGAGAAACAUCUGUUCCUGCCACCCAGUUCUCUAUGCACCCCAAAGGUGUAAAAACAUCCAGGGAGUCUGUGCCUGUUGUGGCUUAUACAGUGCAACAUUUGGCACGUCACGCUGUGGGAAGGCGAUGACACUGGUUGCAUGUACACCCCACCCUUUGCUCCAAAGAGCUUAAGGCAGUGUUCAUGGUUUGAACCCCCUGCCCUACUUUAUCCUUACCUCUGUCACUGAGGCAGGUUAGGCUGAGAGAGAGAGAGAGAGAGAGUUAACUGGCUCAAGGUCACCCAGUGACCUUUGUGGCUGAGUGAGAAGUUAAACCUGGGUUAGGAGUUGACUAAAUAACUUCCGGGGAGGUGCCUCCGGCAAUGGUGGAAUUCCUCUGACUGGGAGGAAUCUGCUCCGUGGGAAUCUGGGUCUGGCUGCCACGGCGAAGGCGGAGACCCGUUAAAAUCACAGGCGGGAGAAGCCUGUGAGCGUGGGAUUCGGCGGGCACCUUUUGCACCUCCCCCACUCGCAGGGAACCCCGGUUUUUGGGGCUCCGGAGCGACGUGGGGUGAGUGGCGUGGUGCAUCGAAUCGUCUGCUUCUUCCACGGAGCGAAGACACAUAGCUGUUGCCGGAGAGCGCUGACCUUUUCCUGUGGACAAUUUGACUUUAAAGUAAUUACCCGUGAGUAGAGCUGAAACGGAAGAAUUGGAUUUCUAAAUGUUUAAUUUGGCACCGUAACGGGGAGGUUCAAAACAGGAAGUCUGCCUUCCGCUUUUGUAAAUAGACUGAGGGAAUGAAGUUGCAAGCUGGAGUCCUGGAAAGUCUUUUGUAAAAGAUUAAAUUUCCAUCGGUAAAGAACAUUAAACCCCCUCUUGGAGGCAGGAGAAGAGAGGGGGAAGUUGCGGAUUGAGUAUGCCUGUGGGAGAGAGCGAAGAGAUUUAAAGCACCGCCGCUCUGACCCUGGAAACGGGCUGCUAGCAGGACUGACGUCUUUUGGAAUGUUCAUUGACAGCAUUUAGAACGUUCAUUGACAGCUAGUUAAACAAGAGAAAUACAUUGUUUCUACUGUCUCCAGCUGCUUUAAAAAGGAGUAAAAGUAACUGAAAAUUGAAACUAAUUUGAAACUAAUUUUGGAUGGCUUAAAAGAGGAUACUAUUGAGUAUUACAAAUAGAAACUGUUUCCCCCUAGUGGAAGCCUUUGAAACCGGUUGCUUUACACUUCCGGGUUAGCGCCUCCGGCAAUGGCGGACUUCCUCUGAUCGGGAGGAAUCCGCUUCGUGAGAACUAGGGUCUGGACCGCCGCGGCGAGGCGGAGACCCAUUAAAAACCACAGGCGGGAGAAGCCUGUGGAUGUGGGAUUCGGCUGGCACCUUUUGUGCCUCCCCUACUUGCGGGGAAACCCGGUUUCGGGGAUCCGGAGCGACGUGGGGUGAAUGGUGUGGUGCUUCGAAUCAACUGCUCUUUCCACGGAGUGAAGCCACAUUGCUGUUGCCGGAGAGCACUGACUUUUUCCUGUGGACAAUUGGAUUUUAAACAACUGCCCGUGAGUAGAACAGAAAAUUGGAUUAUGAAACUUCUUAAUUUGGCACCGAAGCGGGAAGGUCUAAACAGGAAGUCCGCCUUCCGCUUUUGUAAAUAGAUUGAAGCAAAGACAUUGCAAGCUAGAGUCUGGAAAGUCGUUUGUAAAAGACCAAAUUUCCACCUGCUAAAAUUACUAAACCCCCUUGGAAGCAAGAGAAGAGGGGGGAAUCUUUUUAGACUGUUUAAACCUGCAGAAGAUAGAGUAAAGAAAGAUAAAUUUCCACCGUCUUGAACCUGGGAGCAGGGUGUCAGAGACAGACGCUUUGGGGUAGUUCAUCGACUGUGGACAACACGUUUUUGACAGAUAGUUAAAAAAGAGAAACAUAUUGCUUCCAAUGUUCCCUUUUGCACUCAAAAGGAACAAAAUAUCUGAAAAACGAAAGGAACUUUGUUGCUAGAUCUGCUUUUAAAAAGACGGAAACAAUUAGAAAUUGCUUCCUCUAGAGGGAGCUUGUGAAACUGUUGUUAGAGUCGAUCUGGGGAAUUCUGCAGCUGCAGAGAUUAAAGAUCGUGAGACUCUUGAACAAGAAUGUGCCCAGAAGAAGCUUUAGUGCUUGCUUUUUGCAGAACAAGCGCUUUACUGGAACAGCUACAUGAGAAGAUGGAUUUGAUGACUGUUGCAGUUGGCAAUUUUGGACAAACAGUGAAUACCUAUAUAGAAACCACUCAGGAGUUAACCCAGGAAUGUGCUCUGACAGAGCAAGUGGCGAAGAAGAUAAAGGAUGAGGUUGUUGCUGAACCUCAAGUAGUAGAAAUGGAGAGAGCUGCGGCCUUGAAGGAACAUAAGUUGUUGUCUCUGACGACAGAUCCUGGAGAAAGUCAGAUUUGGAGAGAUGGAGUACCGUUUGGUCUGGAGAUGGGAAGUUGGAUAGAUCCCCCUAUGCAGGGAUGUUCUGACUUUUCGGAUUUGGCUUUGGGCCAGGGGGAGUUUGGAGUCGGGGGGCCCUUAACCUUGGAGGGACUUUGAAGCAUGCCUUCAAAUAUCUUUUGGAUUUCAAUGUUGACUAUGGAGAAUGGGCUGACUUGUUGAGAAGGGAUAAAGAUAUUGUCAAGUCGGAGUCUCCCCGAGAGAAAGGAAGGAAAUUAAGAAUAAGAUUAGCAGAAGAUAAAGCAAAGUGCAGGUAUAAACAUGAAGAAGACCUGCAGAAGGGACAUGGAAAAGUCUUAAGAGCCUCGGAUAGAAGGUCACCAGGUUGAUGGACUAGAUGGAUGGGAUAGAAAGGACUGACAAAACCCGAGACCAGGAAGAAGAGACGAUGGAUGAAGAUUGGAAGAAAGUUUUAAAAAUUCAUUUAGAAAAUCACUGUAAAAUUAAUGAGUAUUAGAAAAAUGUUGGAAUGAAACCAUUUGGCUUUAGUAGAAAAGUUAAAAAGAAUUAUGUAUAAAUAUGUUAUGUGAAAAAGAAUUAUGUAUAAAUAAGAUUUAAGUUUUAAGCUUUAGGACUUUUUAUGGUAAGAUAAGGUUAAAAUAAAUUAAGGUAAUUUAAUGACAGAAUAUUGUGAAAGAUGGAAAGGAUUUGCUGAGAUAAUUAAUAACUAGAAUACAAAAAAGGGAGGUGUGAGGAGGUCGAUGUAACAAGUUAAUGAAAGAUAAAGAUUUGGGAAUAUUGGAUUUGUUUUUAAAUUUUUUGUUUAUUUUUUUUUUUCCUUGAUAUUGAUGUAUUGUGUGUUUUGUUUCCUCUUUGAUUUUUGUUUUUAUUGACUUGUAUUGUUUAAUUUCUCUUGUUGCCUACCUUUUUUCCUUUCUUUUUUAUUUCUUGUUUUUUCUUUUCUUUCUUUGUAAUUUUAAAUUCUCAAUAAAUAUUAUUUUAAAAAAUAAAAUAAAAUGAAACCAGUUGCUUUACAAGAGCUGGGCUAGGGGAAUUCCCAGCUGCAAGUUAAAAACCGUGAGACUCUGGGACUGACCUUGAAUCUUUUAAGUGUUAUGGUAAAUGGAAGAGGAAAAACAGACCAGUCAACUGCUGACAAAACAUUAAGGUCUGGGAGGACUUGGCAACAAUCCAGGAGAGGUCCAUCAUCAGGCCCCCCUGCUCUUUCUGUUGCUUCCUUUGUACCAGUAUAUUUAAAUCCAAGAGGAAUGUCGACAGAAGAGGCUUUAGUGGCUGCAUUAUAUAAGAUAAAUGACUCACUGGAUCAGCUUAACAGGAAAAUGGACACAAUAAAUGCGAAAGUGGAUGUUUCAAUUACUAAAAUUAACUUAAAUACAGAAAGUAUAAAUAAUACCAAUACAGAAACCACCCAGAAAUUGAUACAGGAACCUACUUGGAUACGGCAAACUGCGGAGGAAGCCAGGGAAAAAGCUGUUGUUGCUGAAUGUAAAGUAACACAACUGGAGAGAAAGAGAAAGAGAGCCCCAGCCCUACAGAGGCAAUUUGAUGAACAUAAGUUGACGCUUGCUAUGACUUAACUUAAAGAAAAACAGACAAAUUUGAGGAUUAGAGUUCACCUUUGGUGGACAUGCCCAAGGAUUAAGACACUUUGGGAGAUGAUUCAUAACGAAAUGAAAAGGUAUUUAAAUAUACCCUUUUGAAGAAACCAGAGGCCUUUCUCCUGGGCAUGGUCGGCCAAUUGGUGUUAAAGAAGGAUAGAACUUUUUCACGUAUGCAACAAUAGCAGCAAGAAUACUCAUUGUGAAGUACUGGAAGACACAAGAUUUAUCUAUUCGGGAAGAAUGGCAGAUGAAGUUGAUGGACUAUAUGGAAUUGGCGGAAAUGACUGGCAGAAAUCUGAGACCAGGGAGAAGAGUCGGUGGAAGAAGAGUGGAAAAAGUUUAAGACUAUUUAUAGAAAUACUGUAAAAAUAAUGAAUGUUAGAAAAAUGUUGGAAUGAAGUUAUAUGGCUUUAGUAGAAAUGUUAUAAGGAAUCAAGUAUAAAUAGAUUAAUAGAGUAUUAAAGGGAAAAAUAAGGUUAGAAUAUGUUAAGAUAAUUAUAGGAUAGAAAACAGAGAAAGAUGGAAAGGAAUUGCUGAAACAAUUAACAGAAGUGGAAUACAAAAAGGGAGGUGUGAGGAGGUCGUGGAAAUAAGGGAAUGAAAGAUAAGGUAUUGAAAUUGUUUUGUGUUUUAAAUGGUUUGUGUCUUGUUCUGUUAGUUUUAUGGUUUUUUGGUUUUUUUGUUUUGUUGUGUUUAAACGGUUGGAAAAUUAAUAAAUAUUAUUUUUUUAAAAAAGGAGUUGACUAAAUAUAUAUAGUCCUCUUGAAUGUUCUUCAGUAUUCUAGUCCAAAUUUCUUCUAAUAUAAAUAUGUUUGUAUUUCAUUUUGCCUAAUAUGCACACAUUUGCAAAGCACCCCCCCAAUAUAAUGCAUUUCUACAUGUUAUUUUCACUAGUAUAUGCAUAUCUAUUCGUAUUGCUUCACUUUCAUACACAUUGCUUGGUCAGAGAUGCACAAAUUUCAAAGGAUGGUUGUGAUUUGGUUGUGGUACUGUUUUGAAAAGUGUGUGUUAGGUGUGUAUAAAUGUGAAGGGAAUCAAAUUUCUUCUCCAUCUCUAACCUGUGUCUCCUGUCUCCAAAUCUGACCCUCUAACCACAACAUCACACUGGUAUCUAUGUUACAUUUUACACUCUGCAAGCCCCCAAAAGCACAGAAGCCUCUAUGUCUUGGGAGCAUGAUGAUGAUGUCAUUGGUAUGCUGCAGGGCCCAGAAGCCUGUAAUCAGACCUAAUAUGCCCUGGCAUGACAUGGGAUUGAAUGGACUAUAGAAAGGCCACUGUUUCAACAGAGUCUGCCAGCCCCCUUGCAGCAACAGCCAAUGGUAUGGUUGACAUUUAAGUCUUCAUUGUAUUGGGCUACAGCUAAGGAACUACUUUCAUACUGAGUUUGAUUUAUUAUGUUAGUUUCAUAUUCUUAUUUGGUACUAACCAUACUUAGGGAUUCUAUGUUUGUCUUUAACCAACACACAAGGGGGGUGUUGUGAUCUACUGGAGUUUCCCAAGGGGUGUUGUGAUCCACCAUUGAGGAGAGGUGCUCUUCUGGGCUCCUUUGGGGAAGGUGAGAAAUAAAUAAAUGAAUGAAUGAAUAAGCCCACGCAAGGAGAGGUCAAUCCUUCUUGGUCUCCCAGGCAGUGCAACAAAAGCAGCAGUCAGCACCUUGGAGAGAGAUCAAGGUAUAGGUCCAGCAUCAGAGAUAGUGGUCCUGCAGCUGAGACCAACCAUCCAAGUUGUCUCAGAAAGGUCCUGGACCAACUGUCCAAGUUUUACAGCAGGGUUAGGUAGAUAUUGAAUUGAGGCCCCACCCCCUGAGUGAUGCUUCCUGACCAGUUGUAGGGCCAGUGCCAUCUUUUGGGGUCAUUAUCUUCUUUGAUAAAAUGAGGUUUUUCUCCUCAGGACUUUUUGGAUCCCCAAGGAGUUUCUGAAGCAGCCAUCAAAGCCUGGUGGCAGAGAUGUCUCUUUGGGGUUCAGGAAGAGGGAGAUGGGCUUCUGUACUGGUGAACCCAAAGAAAAUGGACCGGUUGCCAGAGAACUCUGCCUAAGGAGUCCUGGUCUGAGGUUUCCAGCAACUGGUUUUCAGAAGCAAUACUGCCUGUGACCAAAAUUCUCUCUUUUUUUUCCUGCACAGGAAAAAAAAGUUUCCUGGUUUCCAUGUGUGCCAGUACACCUUUGAAAUCUUAUCUUCUUUAAUUCAAAAUAAAAGAAAAAAAGAAUUGGCACAAUGGUGGGAAGCCCUGCAUAGAAAUAUCUUGUUUCAUUAGUCUAAUAAAGGCAUUACUAACCGCCCUGCUUUGAGGAUUUAUUGGGGGAUUUUAGUAAGACAGUGUUAGCAGUGGAAUUACAUUCAUUCCUGGGUAAGUCAUUGCCAGUGCACGAGAAAAUAACGUUGAUGCAAUCAGAUAUAUUUUACAGGAUCAAUAUAAUAUUCUCUUGCAUAAUCGCAAGCAAGGAGAUUACAGCCCUUGCUCUGGUAACGACAAAGGAUCACUUUAUAGAUCAAAGCCUUGUUUGUUCCCAUUGUUUUAACUCUUCAGACAGAAUAGUGUUUUUGUUUUUUGGUCCUGAGAAAAAAGAGAUGAUUUCCUAAUUUCCAGGGCUCCUGAGGAUAAGCAGAAGCAGUCGUUAAAGCAGCCUUCAUCAACCUGGUUCCUCCCUGAUGUUGUUCAUCUCCCAUCAGGCUCAGCCAGCAUAGCCAAUGGUAAUGGAUCAUGGGAGCUGUAGUCCAAAUAAUCUACAGGACACCAGUUUGGGCAAGGGUAUCUUAGACCCAGAAUGAGUUUCUACAUGCAGUCACACUUAAAUUAAAUACCUUUGGCUGUAUGACCUUGAGAAUAUUUACCCAGUUCCCAUCUUAAAAUCUAGGGAGGCUAUGUUCAUGAAACAGAAGAUACCCAUAAGGGAUAAGGAGGAGGAUGCAAGACAUUGAAAUACAAUGUUCUGCAGUCUGAACAUGUCAGAGAGAUAUUGCAUAGGUCUGGCUAAGCCAGUCUUGGAUAAACCACAGAUUUUGCUAUGGAUGUAUUCCUUUUAAGGCACACUUUCCCCUAAUAUAUGUAUUUUUGUACACACCACUUGAUUGGAGAACUGCAUUGCAAAAUUCAGAGGAUGUGAAGCUCAAAGGCUAGCUAUGUUUCAGUUUGCAGAUACGGGUUUGAGAAGUGCAAAUUAGGUGUUUGUUGUUUAGUCGUUUAGUCGUGUCCGACUCUUCGUGACCCCAUGGACCAGAGCACGCCAGGCACUUCUGUCCUCCACUGCCUCCCGCAGUUUGAUCAAACUCAUGCUGGUAGCUUCAAGAAUACCAUCCAACCAUCUCGUCCUCUGUCGUCCCCUUCUCCUUGUGCCCUCCAUUUUCCCCAACAUCAGGGUCUUUUCCAGGGAGUCUUCUCUUCUCAUGAGGUGACCAAAGUAUUGGAGCCUCAGCUUCACUGUCCUUCCAGUGAGCACUGAGGGCUGAUUUCUUUAAGAAUGGAUACGUUUGAUCUUCUUGCAGUCCAUGGGACUCUCAAGAGUCUCCUCCAGCACCAUAAUUCAAAAGCAUCAAUUCUUCGGCGAUCAGCCUUCUUUAUGGUCCAGCUCUCACUUCCAUACAUCACUACUGGGAAAACCAUAGCUUUUACUAUACAGACCUUUGUUGGCAAGGUGAUGUCUCUACCUGGAGGAGGAACCGGCAAGCCACUCCAGUAUCCCUGCCAAGAAAACUCCAUGGACAAAGACAACAGGCAAAUUAGGUAGUAUCUCAUUAAAAGGCAAACAAAACUGAAUUCCUCCUCCACCCCUAUCUGCUUCCCGAGAUCCCUUUUAACUGGAGGUGUGAGAUCUUAUGCCUGCAGUGCAAGAGUAGCAUCACUAUAGUAUCCAGUAUUUGGCAAAGUUGGGUUGAGACAGUCCCUGGACUGUCCUGGGUCGGAGCUAUCUGGAGCAGUCAAGGGGUGGGGCAUUGGAUGUGAAGAAGGAGGCAGUGCUCUCCUGCCAUUUACAGAUUUCAAUCUAUUUACCGUAUUUGUCGCCCUAUAGGACGCACUUUUCCCCCUCCAAAAAUGAAGGGGAAAUGUGUGUGCGUCCUAUGGGGCGAAUACAGGCUUUUGCUGAAGCCUGGUGAGUGAUAGGGGUCGGUGCGCACCGACCCCUCUCCCUCUCCAGGCUUCAGAAACUCUGUGCAGCCCUAGGGAGCCUGGCGCGAAGCCGUUUCCCCGCCCCGCGCCUGGGUGGGUGGGGAAAUAAUUUCCCCCCCUUUAUUCCCCCCCCAAUCUAGGUGCGUCCUAUGGGCCGGUGCGUCCUAUAGGGCGAAAAAUACGGUGUUUAUUUUCCAGUAUGUGAGUUGAUCACUUAUGAGGGGAUGCCUGUACUAGUUUUAUAUGCAUAUGGUGCCAGAUUCAGUCCCUGGCAAUUCCAGCUAAAAAUAGAUCAGGUGAAAGUAUAGAGGCUCUUCACUCUAUCUGGGGUGGCGGUGGCACUGAACAACCUUCUUCAACACAGUGCCCUCCCCAUGUUUUGUACUAAAAUCCCCAUAAUCCAUGACCAUUGGCUGUGGAGGCUGGGAACAAUGGGAGUUAUAGUCCAAAACGCAUGUAGGGCAGCCGGGGGUGAGGGUGGGGGAGAGGCUGCAGUUAAAGAGCUCUGGGCUAGAUAGAAAAAUAUUCCAACCUAGUACAAGGCUGUUUUUGUGAAGGAAAGCUGUGUUUGCAUGCAGCACUCCUGAGGCAAAGUGGAAGUGAGGAGGCCAUUGUCUAGAUGUGGUGUGUCAUCCACAUCCCCCGUUUCGGCUGGAGAGAAAGAGAAUAGUUUCUUCAGAGAGCUGAAGGCAGUUGGAAAGAGCAAUUGCUGCUCGCAGUGUGUAUACUCAUCCCAUUUUCAUUGCUGGCAAGCAGGGAAGCUGGUUUUUGUGUUGCUUGACCAGAGGCGACGGCGAGGACAAAGGAAAUGUGUUUACACCAUAGGAGGCGAGGCCUCUCCCCAGCCACUUUUUGACUUCCUUAAAAGCUGUUGUCUGUCCCCCAGCCUUCCAAAGUGAAAUGGAAACUAAAGUACUGUUACGAAGGUUGCACGCCAGCCCCAAUCUCUGCUGAGCGGUAGCAAGAGCAGGGUUGUGUUUCCAUUGGGAAAUCAAGGCGCAGCGGAGGCUGGUGUCUUUAAGAAAUAUGGCUUAUUAUACACACAUAUAGACCUAAAAUCUUCAGUGGAAGGGGGUACAGAACAUUAUACCCCAAUAGCAUCUCUCAUUGCCUCUCUCAUAGCUUCAGCAAGCUUUGGUCCAAAGCAGCAGUCAUGACUCCCGGUCUCUCAGUGCAGCCUCCUCCAGCCAGCACCACAUGGAGUUCUGCCUAAUUUCCUCCUUCUUGUUCUCAAAACACCUUUACAUUUCAAAAAGGAUACAUUUCAACAACAACAACACUCCACCCAUCUAGGUUGCCCCAACCACUCUGGCCAACAUAAUAAAACAAUAAACAUUAAAAACUUCCCUAUUCAGGGCUGCCUUCAGAUGUCUUCUAAAGGUUGCAUAGUUGCUUAUCUCCUUGACAUCUGAUGGGAGGGACAUCACACACCUUUGUCACCUUGGCAAACUCCCAAAUCUCCUGUCCCUGUUCACUCCUUGGAGCGGGGCGGGGGCAGGGGAAGGGGCAGCUUUUUUCAUUGCCAGUUUUCUUUAAUGGUUGGUUGUUCCUCUUUGGUUUUGCACUUAGAUAGCCUGGCCAAGCUGAUUUGCAUAGGCUAACCCUGAGAUUUCGUGUCUGGCACAGUUCUGCAGCUUGUAUUUUCCCUUCCUAUCUCAAAUAUUAUCUAAAUGCUACCAUUUAUUAAUUUCUACCAUUCACUAACAGACUCUGGUACCCUUCAUCUACGACAGCACAUUGCUAGCUACUUCUUUUUUUUAUUUUUGCCGGAUAUGAUACUAGAUCAGAUCUUGAAAAACAACCACCAUGGGGAAUGCGGUGCUGUGAAUUAAUAUCUUCGAGAGAGUAAUCAUUUAGUGUAACAGCCUAGCCUUGGCUACUGCAAAAAGUCUCAAGGUAUUUAUAUCCCUGUAAUUUAUGGUUGCCUGCUGGUUAUUCUGUUGGUGAGCCUGUAGAAAAUCCACAUCAGAAGAACAGGAGAGGGUUUCUGGCUUAAGACCACGAAAGGAAAGAUAAUUGGUGCAAAUCCAUGCUGAAACUCUUGACCGUGGUUGCAUACAUUCAUGGAUGAGAUAUAAUUAUGAAUUUUCUUGCUUGACUCGUGGUUUUCAGGCUCCUUUUGGUGUCUUUAUUCAUAUAUUCAAAAACAGUUGUCUAGCAGAGAGGCUGGAUUCUAUUGGGUGUCCUCUGGUUCUGGUACAGGCAGACCAAGUUCCAAGUUGACUGAAGAUGCAUGGGAUAGCAGUCAAGUUAUGGAGCAGCCAAGGCAGUUAAGUCUGUUUAGCAGCUUAGGCUAACCCUCAAGACAAGUUGCUUUGGUGACAAAACUAAUGUGGAUCUAGGGCAGUGUUUCCCAAAGUUGGGUCUCCAGCUGUUGUUGGACUACAACUCCCAUCAUCCCUAGUUAGCAGGAACAGUAGCCAGUGAUGAUGGGAAUUGUAGUCCAAAAACAGCUGGAGACCUAAGGUUGGGAAACACUGAUCUAAGGGCUUUAUAGGAGUAAGUGGGUCCUGACUGGCCUGUGGGCUCAGCUGACAGUAGUCAUGUUGGCAGAGUGGCUCUGACCUACAGAGCGCUCUCUGCCUGGUUGGUGGAAGAACCAGUUGGCUGGGGGUGGUACAGGAGGUAAGAUGCUGCAGGCUAGCUUCUGGUGGUCUUGGUUUUCAGACUUCCAGUGCCUUACUACUCUUCAAGUAUGUAUCUUCCAACACGAUGUGGCCCUAAUCUGGGACUCCAUCUUCCGGGUCCACCACCCAUGGGCAUGUGGUUGGCCAAUGUGAGAAUAGGAUGCUGGAGUUGAUGGACCAUUGGUCUGAUCCAGCAGACUCAUAUUAUGUUCUUGUGUUCUAAUCCAGUUGUGGUUUCUACCUAUUGUGUUCUAGAAGCUCAUAGGUUCUUCUGUUUGUUUGUUUUUUGAAAUACAAGCAAGAGUAGAUAUUUAUUGUGUAUUUGAAAUGUGCCUCCUCUUGUUGGUUGUUGCUAUGAAAAAUCUACCAAGGUGAUGAUCAGACCUUUUGAGAACAUGGGGAGGGGGAGUAGCAAACAUAUUGUGUUAGCCCUUAUCCAAACAAUGCUGUAGUUCCAGUCAUUAUUUCACCCUAUGGGAGGAGGAAACAGGACCACUCCAACUGGCUCUGCCCCCAGUGUUAGCACAGCAUCUGGACAUGUCCUGGAUGUCUGCAUGUUCAACAUUAUGCAGUUAUGCAUCUCCAUAGCAUCACCUUUGAAUGGUUUUGGUACUCUGCCUGUUUUUCAAGGCAGCACACAGAACAAAGCUUUUUUGGGCAAUGCCCCAUUUACUUGACUGGGUCAGCUUCCACUGGAUUCAGACUACAUAUACAAACUCUUCCUGACUCCUCUGAAGAGCACCUUCAGUUUUAAUUCAGAAAAGAAGUGCUUCAAUAUCCAGAAUUUUGAAAACACUGUGUUAUACUGUAAAUGAGGAUCUUUCUUAUCUAUGCUCUCUAGAAUGGAGGAGGAUUCUUAAAAAACUUUAACAAAAGGCUGGGUGUUAUUGUUGUUGCUUAAAAAAAAUUAACCACCAGAAAUUACUUUUAGGUAAUCACUCGCAGGGGUUGAAUAUAAAGAAAGCAAAAUAUAAAAAACUUGCUACUUGAGCUGCACAAUGAAUCAGAUAAAUUGCUGACUGCUUAGAUUCAUAGUGUGCUCUCAGGAGAGGCGAAUCACUAAGGGAAACAGCUGGAGCUUUUGAACGCAGGCAAGGGCUGGUGCACACAAAAUAGCCCCCACAUGGAAGAUGCUUUGAAACUGCUCCCUGCGGUGGAAGCUUCUACAUGGCGAAGUGUUUGUGUGCAGCCGUUCCUCAUGCAGAUUUGGUUAUUUUUCUUCGCGCCCAUGACAAACCCUCCAAAACAAAUGUUUUCAGGGUUGGAGAGAGGCGCCGUUUGAUCCGCAUUGUGAAUUUGAUGCAGGGAGGCAGCUGCUGCUGCAGGCAAGAGAUUGAAAGUGCUCCUUAUGUGGCAUCUAUUUCAUGCACAUUGCCCUCAACCACACAUUAGAAAGGGCAUGGACAUGUCCAAGACAAUGCCAACAAUGUUAGACAACAGUGUUGAGGAAGACAGAAAAGGCACAAAGGCUUCCUUUAAAAAUAAAUAUGUAGCUCUUGCCCAAAUGUGGAUUAACCAGAGAUAAAAUUUGGGGUAACAAAUGCUGGUUGGUCAUAUGGUAACAGAAUGGGGCAACUGUCUCAUGUAAAUAAUGAAGUGUGGAGAAUUUUCUGAUGAAGAUUGUUGGAGAGGAAGAAUAGAGUCUGCAGCAUUUGAUGCAGGCAAAUCUCCUUUGGUAAUUCUGUAAAAGGGAGGGGGCCAAAGCCGAAAAGACCACGCCGCAGGCUCCUGGCAGCAAUGACUUCAGGGUCAGGGCAGUGUUAGAGGCACAGGGAAUAGAGCUGUUUGUUCUGGAAUGUGGGUUGAAAAUGUGGUGCUUAAGACCAGUUGCAUAACUCCUUUUCAGAAAACAAGAUCCUCCUUGAUUCACACCUCUCUCCUGCCAACACAUUUUCUGGUUGCAGUUUCAGAUCUUUACUGCUUUCUCACCUGUCUAAAAUAGGAAUCCGAGUAAUGUCGCCACCCUUGUUUUCUAACUCCUAUUUGUGCAUUAUCCCCUACGGUACAGCAGGAUGGUUAACAAAUUGGAGAUCAAGUGGAACACAUUACAAAACCAGGACUUCCUUUUCUUAUUGCUUGCCUGGAGGCAGUACAAUGUAGUCGUGGAAGCUGAGGAUUCUAAGUGCAAGUUGGUAUCUCCAGGUGGAGCCGUAUUUCCAAAAGAAUAAUACAGCCCCCAGUGGGGUGCUUAGUACAAAUGUUCAGAACUACCCAGGAUUCAGAAUUCAGAACUACCUAGGGUUCAGAAUCUUCCCCUUGUGAUACCCUGGGUUUUUUGUUCUUUUAAAGAAACAGCAGUCACGUUCACAGUGUUUGAUUCCCCUGCCUGAAAUCCAGCUAUUUCUUUCAGAUCUCAGGCACAUUCAAUGCUUGUUUAGAAAUAAUAAAAAUGACAGAUAUUGUUGACAAAAUGAGUGCAGCCUAAUUCGUGUUGGAUCACUACUUGCACAUGCUUAGCUGCUGCUGGGGUCAGCAUUUGCAGGGCAUCUGCUGAAUCCCAGGUCUAGCAGGGGACUCGCCACCAAUUCCCAGAAGCCCCCUGAGCAAGUAAUUCUUAAUUCCUGCAGUUUCUGCCUGGUUCACCUACUCUUUCCAAGUGAGAGAGCAUUGCUAGGACCAAGCAGCAGUAUUCUCUCCACUGGUUUUUGCUCUAUCCCUUCGAGUAGCACUGCAGAUUGAGUCCAGAGAAACAGGACAAGCAAAUGGGCAGCAGCUACAGCAACAAGGAAGUGUUGGGGCCAGUUGGCAAUGGGGUGGACCAGGCUUGCAUAUAUUUUGCUAAUAUCCCCCUAUAUAUUGUGAUGCUCUUCAAAUGUGCAUUGUGUGGGGUGUGCGCGCUCUUCACAUGCAUAUAGUAUGGGGGUGUCUGGAAUUCCUCAUGCACAAAUAACUGUUUCUUAAAGACAUUUCUGUGUUGCCCAUCAAUAAAAAUCCAAGGCUGGCUUUCAUAGAAUCGUAGGGUUGGAAAGGACCACAAGAGUAAUUUAGUACAAUAUUCCUGCAUGACAGGAAUAUUUUGUCCAACAUGGGGAUCAAACCCACGACUCUGAUAUUAAGAGUCUCAUGCUCUACCAAGUGAGCCAUCUCAGUUACACAGUAAGAAAAUGGAUUUUCAAAUGCAUCAAAAUGGAUUACAAAUGAAUCAAAUAAAUAUGUAUUUUUGUGUUUUUUCUUUUAUUAUGUUUUAAAAAUAUAUGUUUAAUUACAGGAAAAUCAAGUUGUUGCAAUGUAAUAUGAUGAAUGUAAGACAAAAGAAAUCAAUAAAAAUGAACUGAGUAUGUUGCGCAUAUAUGUAUAUGUAUACAGUGGUACCUCAGGUUACAUAUGCUUCAGGUUACAGACUCUGUUAACCCAGAAAUAGUGCUUCAGGUUAAGAACUUUGCUUCAGGAUGAGAACAGAAAUCGUGCUCUGGCGGCGCAGCGGCAGCAGGAGGUCCCAUUAGCUAAAGUGGUGCUUCAGGUUAAGAACAGUUUCAGGUUAAGUACGGACCUCUGGAACGAAUUAAGUACUUAACCACUGUAUGUAUGUGUGUGUGUGUGUGUGUGUGUGUGUGUGUGUGUAUAUAUCACCCCCACCCAAACAAUAAAAAUCUGAACAAGUGAAAAUUAACAAAGCAGAGAACAGGACUUAAGAAUAGGUCUUUAAAAGCUUGGGGAAAUGGAAAGAUUCUUUGCCGAAAGGCAGCGAAGUAGGUGCUGGGUGGCAGGGAGGGGCAGCAGCUUAGUGGACACGCAUGUGCUUUGCAUGGAAAAGUUAAUUGAAGGGGAAAAUUAUAGAAUUGUAGAGUUGGAAGGGACCCCAAGGAUCAACUAGUCUAUGUCAGGAGCUCUUCCUACACUCGAGUAGGACCCUGGCAGAGACACAUGCCCAACUGGCAUGUUCUCUCCCUCCUGGUUGAUCGUUCGGGAGCUUCAAAAGCUUUCUUCAGCCCGGACAUCGCAGCGACCGAUGCCAACUGACACUGGCACACUUAGGGAUCUGCAGAGUAUUCGCAGCUUGCAUAACAGACCUCAGCAACUCAGCAUUUUGACUAAUCUACUUUACAGUGGUACCUUGGGUUAAGAACUUAAUUCGCUCUGGAGGUCUGUUCUUAACCUGAAACUGUUCUUAACCUGAGGUACCACUUUAGCUAAUGGGGUCUCCCACUGUCGCCGUGCCGCUGGAGCAUGAUUUGUGUUCUCCUCCUGAAGCAAUGUUCUUAACCCCAGGUACUAUUUCUGGGUUAGUGGAGUCUGUAACCUGAAGCGUCUGCAACCUGAAGCGUCUGUAACCCGAGGUACCACUGUAUUAACAUAUAAACACACACGGAGCACUGAAACAUGGCUCCCUCUCUCUCUAGCAUCAACAGCAAAGAGAAAGAACAAAGGACAGUAGUCCCACUUCACGGAACACAGUAACACAAACAUCCUGUUUCCUUCACUUCCCACUCUGUAGAGUCAAAACAUAUACCGUCAUGUGAUAGACAAAAAAUCCCAUGACUGCAAUCAUGGAGCAGGAAUUCUAACAGUCUAACCCCUGCAAUGCAGGAAUAUACAGCUGUCCCAUACAGGAAUUGAACCUGUGACCAUGGUAUCAUCAGCACCAUGCUCUAACCAACUGAGCUAGCCACUCAAAUUAGGAACCCUUGUAUUCCAAAGUGCUGACAUUGUUUUGGGACUUGCACAGCCUGCCAGCAUUCUUGCUCCUGCUUUUGCCAUACUUCUGGCUGAACUUGUAUGCUUAUAAAGAAAAACGCAGUUGAUUUCAAAGGUACCGCAAGCCAGCCCGCCCUCCUCUAAAGUAAACUUAACUCUGUAAAGGUUGUCCUGAACUUCCCGAGGUGGCAGAGAAGAUGAAUCACCAGGGUUCAGAUAGUUUAUUUAUAUGCCUCUUGUUCCAAGGAUACAGAUAGCGAAGCCAAGCCCACGUGUAAAAUGCCAGAUAAAAUUAGACUAAAAAAGGUAUGCGAAGAAGAAAGGAAGGAAGGGGUGAAUUUAAACACCCAGCAAAAGAUGCUAGCGACACGAAGCAUCACUGCCUGAUUCCGUCUUCCUCCUCCUCAGUUACACUUUGCAGAAGCCUCUACCCUAUGCGUGGUUUGUUUGCUGUAUUCAUUUACUCUGCAAUAGCCCAUCUUGUUCUUUUCCCUAAAUAUGUACUAGGAAAACAUAACUGUCCUAUGCUACAUUGCCAUGCUUAGAAGUUCAUAAUAGACUUCUUCAGCUGCAGUAUGUCACUGCCCUGAAGCUGGACUCUUCAUCUUCAGGGGAAGGAGAAAGGCAUGGAGGACCAGCCCCCAGAAGUGCCCUCAAAUGAACCUUCAAGGCCAAUGCCCCCUUCUUCUCUGCCUGAGGAUGUGGCACUGCUGUCCUCUGGCAUGGAGGACUCCAUGGCAGAACACUCAGGAAGACCUAAGGCUCCUAUGCUCUGUCACAGUAGGAGAUGACUAGAGAAGGUUGGGCCCUGUACGUUGAAGGGUGUCCUGCAGCACAGGUGGUGAUAGCUGCACCUGCUCCUACUACUAAAGGGUUCAGCUUGUUGCUUGCUGGAACAAUUUGAGAGCUCUGAGUCCCCCCAAGAACAGAGCCUGAAUCUUGUCCCACCUUGCCUGGUGAGCCUUGCAUUGUCUUGCACCCUGAUUGGGUCUUGCCUUGUUACACUGCAGAUCAGUCUCUUAAGCUUAAGCCAAGAAAGAGUAUUCUCUAUAAGACUGAAUAUCAAUAUACAUAUCAAGACUUUGAGAUUAGACCACCGAAGAAGCCCGGAAAACUACUGUAUUUUUUGCUCUAUAAGAUUCACUUUUUCCCUCCUAAAAAGUAAGGGGAAAUGUGUGUGCGUCUUAUGGAGUGAAUGCAGGCUGCACAGCUAUCCCAGAAGCCAAAACAGCAAGAGAGAUUGCUGUGCAGCGAAAGCAGCGAUCCCUCUUGCUGUUCUGGCUUCUGGGAUUCAGAAUAUUUUCUCUCUCGUUUUCCUCCUCCAAAAACUAGGUGCGUCUCAUGGUCUGGUGCAUCUUAUAGAGCGAAAAAUACGGUAUCUUGGGUGUGUGCUACCUGCAAGCCCCGGUUAAAGGGCCCCAUUGGGGGCGAACAGCGGCCUCUUGAUUACUUGGACUGCCAGGGCGAAACAGGUGCAAAACGCCGGCACCCUGUUGUCUACAACUUCAUUAACAUCUAUCUACAACUCCACUAGCAUCUCUCGGUAUUGUGAAUAACACCAAACUUACCUUUUGUUGGUAUCUUCGUGAACUUAUCUAAAAGACUGAGUUAAGCAUUUGAAAAAUCUAUUGAAACCAGACGUUAUAAGUUCAUCUUAGGCUGGGUAGUCUCUGUGGCUUUGUUUAAUGUUUUGUAUUUUUCUCAGAAGGUUGAUAAAGAAUGUAUAAUUUGUUAUUCUGUGUAUAUUAAUUGCCAACGUGUUGCAUGAGUCGCACUACCUGUUACACUGCAGAGCAGAACACAAUGGGUGAAAGAACAGGUUGUAGUCUCCCACUUGCUGCACCUGGAGAAGCAUGGCAUACCUUGAUGCUCUCAACUGUGCCAGCCUGCGUGGAUCUACCUACACGCACACUCAAUAUGCAUCUGUCCCUGAGUGAUGGGGCUGAAAUCCAAGGAAUUAUUGCACAUGGGGGUGGCCACGUCCCUCGUUCUGACUCACAGGUACAUGCCUGGCUACCAUUAACAGGACUUUGGAACUCCCAAAGGAGAUGCUGGGUCCCUUUCCUUAUUAGCUUCAUGCCAACCCUGUAGAGUAGGUUAGGCUGAGGGUUGGUGCCUGGUCCAGGGUCUCCCAGUGAGCUUCAUGGUAAGAUUGGGGGUUUGACUCCUUGUCUCCCACAUCCUACUCUGGCAUUUUUUGCUGUUUUCAUUCGUAGCACCUCCAGCAAUUGCAUUUAAAAUUGUUUUUUAAAUUCUGUUUUUGAAAAAAACAAGUUUUUUUUAAAAUCACAAGCCCUGACUUUUUUUUUUGCUUUGUGCCUUUUUCCCCCUGAGCAAUUUUGACAUGUUCAUGGAAUGGGCAAUUUGUGGCUGUCACUUUUAUUCCUUUCAUCUCCAGGGAUUCCUCCUCUUUGGCUUUUUUUGUUAUGGUUUUGGGUGGACACAUGAAGCCAAAGGUCGUGUUCCAUUUUUAGAAGUGCUUAAGAAGAAAAAGGCUAUCCAAGGGGGUGCUCCGUUUUUUAAUUCUUGCUUUUUAAAUAUCCCAUUAAAACCAGCUGGGUUGCUUUCCUUAGAUGGUGCUUUUUAAAGUGUCUGAACCAGUGCUUUUUUCUGGGGGAAGCAGGGGUACGCAUACACCUAAACAUUUUGUGAAUUUAAGUUUGGCCUCAUUGAGGGGCAGUAUUUCAAUAUGAGUAGGAAAAUGAGAGUACCCCUAAACAUUUUUAAAGAAAAAAGCACUGGUCAGAACACAUCUGGGCCAAUCCUGCUAGGCAGACAUUUUUACUCUUGUUCUGUUUAUUUCACCUAUUGUUCAAUAAUAAUUUCAUUUAUGAAUAUUCAUUUUUUAUUAUUUUAGAUCAUUGCAGACUAGGGAUGAUCAGAAGACAGAUGUGGAUCAUAGAUGGUGGAUCAUAGAUGGUAGAUCAUAGAUGUGGAUCAUAGAUGGUAGAUCAUUCACAGAAUAAUAGAAUAUUAGAAUUGGAAGGGAUAUCAAGGGUCAUCUAGUCCAACCCCCUACAACUCAGGAAUCUCAACUAAGGCAUUUUGGACAGAUGACCAUCCAACCUCUGCUCAAAAACAUCCAAUUGUCAUGAAUGAGCCAGCCCCCAUGUAAGGUUUACAGUCAGAUCCCAGGGAUGGUUUGCAACCAGCUGAAGGAAGCAGCCAGGAACAGAGAGGGUUAACUGCCAGGCAGGAUGAGCAUUGAUGAGUGCCAACUUGGAAUGUGAAUUGAUAAGGGAAUGACUGAGAGCAAGUCAGAACCCUGCCAAAGCUCUUGAGAAGUGAAAAAUGCCGCAAACAGUGAAGGAAGCAGUUUAUCAGGCGAGAAAGAGCUAAGAGACAGCCCCUCAGAGAAUAGGGAAGAGGUGGGAGCUGACUCUCUCAGUCCAAGGUCUUGGCGAAUGGGAGGACUCCAAGAUAGGAAGCAAAACAAGAGACGUCAGAAGAGAAAGUUCAGUUGCUUCUGGUCUCGCAGGAAGCAGUCUUCAGAAGGGUCAUCAUGACUGAUGAGGCUGGCGGGUUGUUAGAGCCGUCCGGCGAACUCUGUUUUUUUUUUGCAAUACAUCUUCCUUUUUAAUUAACUAGCUUGCUGUGUUAUCAAGAUGGAACUGGGACUCCUGACACCAAUGAAGAAGAGUCCACCUCCUUCCAAGGGAGUCUGUUCUACUGUUGAACAGCUCCCACCACCAGAAAGUUGUUCCUGAUGUUUAGUCAGAAUCUCCUUUCUUGUAACUUGAAGCCAUUGGUUUCUCUGGGUGACUUGCACAGCGCAUCAAGAGUUUACUGACUCCCAAUUGUUUAACAAUAGCAGCAACAAAAUGAUGCUCCCGCUACAACCCCCACCCCCAAUUAUACAGCUGAAAUUAAGAAAGCUUUAUGUGAUCAGGAAUGGAUUUUUGUGUGGAACUGGGCUCAGACUUUAAUUCUAAAUGUAUGUCUUUUGCAUCUGACUGAUUGGUAGAUCUUGGAUUCUAGCAAAAACAAUCACCACAACAUAAAUCCCACAAGCCCAGAGGCUCCCCCAGACAUUGUUAGACUACAGCUCCCAUCAGCUUCAGUCAACAUGGUUAAAGGUCAGAGAUGAUGGGAGUUCUAGACCAGGGGUCAGCAAACUUUUUGAGCAGGUGGCCGGUCCACUGUUCCUCAGACCUUGUGGGGGGCCAGACUAUAUUUUUUUGGGAAAAAAUGAAUGAAUUCCUAUGCCCCACAAAUAACCCAGAGAUGCAUUUUAAAUAAAAGCACACAUUCUACUCAUGUAAAAACACACUGAUUCCAGGACCAUCCAUGGGCCGGAUUUAGAAGACGAUUGGGCCAAAUACGGCCUUAGUUUGCCUACCCAUGUUCUAGACCAACAACAUCCAGAGGUCCACAAGUUGUCCACAUCCCUGCUUUAUAGCCCUUCCUGGAUCACCACUGGCCACCCUUAACUGUUAUACCUGGAAGCCCCUUACCUGUUCUAAACUUAUGUUCCAAACAGAAGUUCUCGCUUGUGUUUCUGCAUGUAGGGGAAACUGUGCACAGAGCUAUAAGUUCCCAGUCUAGCCACAGCCAAGGAAGUUUGAGGAAAAGCUUUAAUUGGAGUCAUUUAGCGAUGGAAAUAAGUUACCUUGGGUGGAUGUAGAGCUUGCUUCUCUGGAAGAUGAAUAGAAGGAUGUGGUAACAGUUGCUGCAGUGUUCAAAGUAUAAUGCAUAUUGACCCAGUACAGAGUACUGAAUGGUUUCGUCUAUAUGGACGUGUGUGCAUUUUGGGUUGCUGAUGUGUUAUUUAGGAGCCAGGUAGAUUUUCUAGAAGCUAUCCAUGGUCCUGAACCAUCGUCUUAGUUCUUGUCCAAGGGCCUAGCCUUAGCUUCCUUUCUAUUCUAGAACUCUUGGCCUGUUGGUCUCCAUCUUUCUUGGGCCAUCGCCAUCACUAGAUAGCAGAAAACCCAAUGGAUCAGAACAACAAGCAAACAGAGGAAGAUGCCUGAUACUAGGUAAAAGUGUUGAUUCAUCCAGCCAGGGCUUUUUUUCAGCUGAAACUCACAUGAACUCAAUUCUGGUAACUCUCAGGUUGGCGCCAUUGCCAUUAUAAGAGAACAAGAGAGGUGUUCAUGGUGAGUUCCGGCAGCUCUGUUUCUAGAAAAAUAGCACUGCACCCAGCCCAGACUUUUCUACACUAUCUGGAGUCUCACUUACUCCCUGACUCUUGUAACUGAAGAUGAUAGGGAUUGAAUCUGACACUCUCUGUCUAUGAACCACCUCUGAUCUACCUCUGAAGUCCAGUCCCUUCCCAUAGCUCAGUGAGGGGUGCUGGCCAGGUCACCCCUCCCUUCUGGCUGAUGCCUUUUGCAGCAUGAAAUGAGACUGCCCGCCUGUGCCUGAUGAGUCAGAAGAAGUGAUUAGCUGCGCGCAAGGUGCCAGUUCUGACUCAGCAGGAGCCCUUGUGAAAAAAUGAAAAGAUCACGCCAGAAUUUUCUGCAGUUCUGUCACGUCAUGCAAGGUGUCUGCUGGUCAGAAGCAGAGCCUUCUGCACUGCUAAGCAUUAAACCAGGUGCUGCUUCCCACAGUAGCAGGAUGCGAUCUUUUUCAGCCUGGUUUGGGGUGGGGUGGGGGAGAUUCUUCUUGGCAGCAAGGAUGGCAGAGCUUGUCUAUAUUCACCACCUGAUCAGUUUGGCAAAGAAGGAUUUGACAUCUCAUGCUGAGGGUAGCUGUGAUGGAAAGGUGCUGGGUCAGCCUCCUGGAAACCUAGAAGACCAAUCAGGGCUGGUUAGAGCAUCAGUCAAUCAGAAGGGUCUGGCAAGUCCAAAACAUUAGAAAGUUACAGCUAAACUGUCAGAUAGGCAUAAGUUAGGGCUUGGAAAAGCCACCUAGAUAGGGACCUGGGAAGAGAGGAACCUGUUCUGAUAGGAAAUAGGGAUUAGCUAGGCAACCUGCUUCAAUUCCCUGAGGAAAAGUAAAAAUCCCAGAAGGACUGGGAGAGUGCUGUUUGUGUAGGAAUAUCAAUAGCUAUAUUAGGUGAAAAAUAGGCUAUCCUGAGAUUUAAAUAAGGGCACUGAAUAAAGUUUUGAAGUUUUCUGUAUUGUGUAUACCUGAAGUUAUGAAUUGUGCCUCUCAUGAGUAACCAUCAAACUUAAAGCCCUCACUGAGUAUAAUUAAAUAAAAAAUCUAUAGUUUUGUUCCAGAAGUGUCUCUUCUUUAAACUGAACCUCUGGGUGUGGGGAUAAGUGGACUCAGGGCAUCCUUCCCAUAAGUAAAACUCCUGGCUGCAGUAUAAUAAAGAGGUGCUACCACAAUCAGCUAAAACAGACCUCUCUAAUGUUAUUAACGUGGAGAGUUGAAACUUUUAAACACCCAGGAAUUGUUCACAUUACUCAGGUGCCAUCUUGAGUGGGGAGUCGGUAGCUAUCACAGGAAUAUAAAAAGGUACCGUAUACCAGCUUAGAGUAUUUCUCUAUCUAGUCCAGUAUUGUCUACUUUGACUGGCAGUAGCUCCCCAGAGUAGGGACUGCUACCCAAUCCUUUUAUCUGGUAUGUCAGGAAUUAGAUGUAAAGCAUAUGCUCUGUCACUGAGUUAUAAGUGCAGAGAGACUUUGCCCCAAGCUACUGUCAUCAGGAUACAAGUGGGAGCCUUUGGCCCCUUGCUUGGAUUAAAUAUAUAUAUAUAUAUAUGCUGGUUUUUUAAAAAUAAAAAUGGCUUUACUCACUUUAAAAAGGUCUGAAAAUUGCUAAGUUUGAGCAGAUAUUUAUCUAAGUUAUUCAGUGAGCUGUGGAUUGCAUGCUCCAUUGUCGAGUGCAGAGUUUUAAAUGUUUUUCGGGCUGAGUUAUUCACUGCAUAAGAAAUUAUGAAUCAUUUUGAAUACUGAAUAAAUUUGAGCUUGCAAUCUGUUAGGGGAGAAUAAAUGAACAGGAAAAAGGGCAAAAUAUGUCGAAUAGGUUCUGCUCUGCAUUAUUCACUCGGUUUGUUGACAUGAGAAGUUCAGAACUGAUGAACCAAAUAUGAUAGACUGCACCUCAUUUUCAUAUCUGUGCAUUGUUUAGUAUUUUUGAUUGGGUGCCUAUCUUUUGUUUCGUUUAGAACAUGCGUGCAUGUGUGAGAGCUCAUGAACCAACUGAAUGUGGAUUGUGACCAUGAUAAUAAUAGCACUAUAAACAGCUGACGGGUCCAGUCUCUUAUCCACAACUCAGUGCUAUCAUCAUCAUUGCAUGCAAAACAUGGGCUCUGCCACUGAACUAUGGCCCAUGGAACCCACUUUCUGCAAAUCUAUAGGGCUGUAUCAGUUGGGAGAGACACUGCUGCAGCUCCUAUAUUACCCAGAAGAAUAUAUAUACAUAUAUGGUAGCUCAGACCAAAGCCAUUUCCAAAUCAACACCCUAUCUGACUCUUGCCAGGUCCAGAUUAUGGAGGGUUUAGAGAGGGAUGGUGCACAUACUUGCUUUCUCUGAUGGACCCAACUCCAAAGAUGGACCCAGGGGAGUCUUUAGCAUAUGUGCCGCCGGGGUGCAAAGAUCCACCCAGCGCCCCCAAGUCUGACAAGUGUCACCGUUGUCACCGCAGGUCUUUUGUAAAUGAGCGCACAAAGUCGAAAGUCCUUUAGUGAAACAGUAGGUAUAUCUGUAUUUUGUUUUUCUACCUUGAUCAAAAUUAUGUAUUAUUUCAUAACAGGUAGAUAGUUAAGAGCUUAGGCGGCUUCAGCGGCUGGUGCCUGGCAUCCCCCAGAAUUUGGCGUCCGGGCACCCCGCACCCCUUGCACCCCCGGGUAAAGACGGCCCUGGAUGGACCAAACUUUUACAGAAGGCAGGAGCCAGGGAAAUGUCUGGUCCAUCAAUUCUCUGAGACAUGUGUGGAAAAGGUGCUAGAUGCUAGCUUCCUCAGUCAGAAAAGUGGUUAAAAUAUGGAUUUCACAUUACACUAAAUGCAGGACUUCCUGUCUCACCCUUGACAGCCUCUAAUGUAUACAGAAUUCACCAUGUAAUGUGGUGCAUUUUACACAUUACAGCUGAUGCCCUGCUCUAGAUGGGGAACCCGAGAUGGGGGAGGGGCAAAUAUAGCCCUUCCGACCUCUCUAUCUGGCCCGCAGGACUCUCUCCUGGUCACACACCCCUCAGAGCUCCUGCUGUGCACCUUCCCCCAAAUGCUUUUGCCUGGCUGGGAUGUGUCAUUGAAUUGUGAUCAUAUCUCUUCCUUUCCUGGAUGGGGGGAAUGUAUGUGGUGUAUGUGUAGAAACCUUUGGAUUUUGUGUGGCUAGUACAGGCUUCCUCAACCUCAGCCCUCCAGAUGUUUUGAGACUACAACUCCCAUCAUCCCUGACCACUGGUCCUGCUAGCUAGGGAUCAUGGGAGUUGUAGGACUAAAACAUCUGGAGGGCCGAGGCUGAAAGCCUGGGCUAGAAUGUAGCCAAAGGUAAGUAUCAUGGAAUCAUAGAACUGUAGAGUUGGAAGGGACCACAAGAUUCAUCUAGUCUAACCCUCUGCAAUGCAGGAAUCUUUCACCCAACAUGGAGAUCAGGCCCACGACCCUGACAUUAACAGUCUCAUGCUCCGUCAACUGAGCUAUCACAUCUAUGGCUCUGCUCACUUUCCCCCCCCUGGCAUACGGACCCCAAAACUUUUCCUACAAGGGAGCUUCAGGUUGAAAAGGGUCUCCUACCCCCGCUCCACAACUUCAGUGCUGAGAGGGGUGGGUUGGCUACUGAAGACAGAACCAUGUUUGUGGUGACACCCAGGCAUUGGAACAGCUUCCUGGGCUUUAUUUGUUAUGUCUGCAUUUUUAACUUUAAGGCAUCAGUUCGCCUCCCCCGCCGCCGCCAACUUAUUAUUUGAAGCUUUUGGUAAUGUUUGACUGCUCCAUGAGCUUUCACUGUUACGUUUGCAUCCUUGUCUCUCUUCAGUGCACAUUUUAGUAUGAUUUCUUUAAAAAAAAAAAAGACGAUUUCUCAGAAGACACUUGGGAGGCCUAUAUAUUUAUUUUUAGUAAGGUGGCAUAUAAAUUGUAAUUUAAAAACAUAAUUUAUUACACUUUCCCAGCCAACCUUUCAGGCAUUUAAAAACCAGAAACUCAAUACAGUCACAGAGAUUUAAAAUGCAUUUAAAAAUGAAAGGAAAAUAGUAAAUUGUACAGCGUACGUGGUCAGCACCAACAAUAAAGUCAGAUUCCAUUUUAAGAGAACAGUGGGUGCCUGAUGGAUUGCUAUUAGAUAUUUUAAAAUCAAUAAAUAGACUCACCAUGGAGAUGCUGAACUGGUAGGAAGUGUAAGGUGCCACACAGUUCUAAAUUCUGAUUUGGCAAGAUUAGUGCCAUUGUGGCAUUUUUUUAAAAAAGGGAGCGUGAAAUCAGCCCCCUUCAACCUAUAGAGCAUGGGUGAGCAGUUUACCCCUCAAAGAGCUACAGUCCCCAUUAUUUUCAGGGGGAAACCAUUUGCUUUGAAUGUGCUUGAAAUGUAUGGCAUGCAUACAUCAGAUUAUUGUAUUAGGCUAUAAUGCAGGCAGCGAGAUAGCAAAAAGUUUCCUAGCAUGGCAAUGAAGCAUGGGAGAAAUGGCUCCAGCUGCCAAGUUUAGAAAUGGAGUAAACUGCCCAGUAUUGAGUUAGACUAUUGGUCCAUCUAGUUCAGUAUUCGUUACACUGACUGGUCCCAGUUCUCCAGGGUUUCAGUCAGCCUUACAGGGACUGAACGUAAGUCCUUUUGUGUGCAAAGCAAAUGCUUUGCCACGCAGCUACCGCUUGCUAUAAAAGGCACGGUAAGAGCAGUCUCUGCACUUAUAUGUUGUAUAAGGGCCACAUCCACCUAUGGCCAACCCUCCAGGGGCUGCAUGCCAAUACUGGCCAUGGCACUCACCAGCACCAACAGAGGACACCACCUCUGACCGCCCCAGUGGUGAGCCUACUUUAUUAUUUUUUCUUUCACAAUUGAUGAGGUCCUACAGGAAAAUUUGUUUGGGCGGGGGAUGCUCAGGCCAGGGGUUACCUACUUACCGGUAAUCCUGAUUUGAAAGGUGGCAAGCCCUUACGGUUCCCCAUAUACAUACAUGGGACCCCUUAAAGCAGUUGGUUCUUCUUCACCACUACUAUCAUAUAUGUAUAUGGAAUAAACUAGGAUGCUUUCCUGCCUCCAGAGAGGCCACAUCUCUGCCAGGUCAGCCAUAUGUUUCCCAAAUGUUGCUGUUAGACUAUAGAGAAAAGUCCAUUAAUUGCACCGACGGAUGUUGCCUGUGCGUAAUUUCCAUAUGUCAUUCUUGAAAGCAAGCCCAAUAGUUAAGAGAAAGUGGGUUUGUCUACAGGCUCUCUCUCUCUCUCUCUCUCUCUCUCUCUCUGUGUGUGUGUGUGUUUGGGGAGAAGUCUUGGUUGAAAGAACCAGAAGAAGAGGAGUUUGGAUUUGAUAUCCCGCUUUAUCACUACCCGAAGGAGUCUCAAAGUGGCUAACAUUCUCCUUUCCCUUCCUCCCCCACAACAAACACUCUGUGAGGUGAGUGGGGCUGAGAGACUUCAGAGAAGUGUGACUAGCCCAAGGUCACCCAGCAACUGCAUGUGGAGGAGCGGGGAAGCAAACCCAGUUCACCAGAUUACGAGUCUACCACUCUUAACCACUACACCGCACUGGCUCCACUACACCAGAGCAGCAACAUACCUUCUUCAGUGGUGUUUCUCAAAUGUGUCCGAGUUUAACCACAUUUCUGUUCCUCUGAAUGCAUUAAAAUAGAAGAAUGUUUCAUUCCUACAAUUUAAAAUAAUAGAAUAGUAGAAUUGGAAGGGCCAUCUAGUCCAACCCCCUGGAAUGCAGGAAUCUUCUGCCCAACAUGGGGCUCAGACCCACAGCUCUUGAGAUUAAGAGUCUCAUGUUCUACCAGCUGAGCUAUGCAGCCUGAAAUUGUAAGGAUCUGGUACAGGAGUGGCAAAACCAGUGACCCUUCAGAUGUUGGACUUCCAUCAGCCACAGCCAAAUGACAUCUUUCCAAUGCCCUCUCUAUGAAGCUCAGGAGCUUUCCCAGGCUGGAGUCCUCCUUGGCACCUGGUCUGCAACUUCCUUGAGUGCUUUUCCCUGGCUGAAAUGUGAGCAUGUCUCUUGCUUGCAUAGAUGGCGGUGUCUUUGUGUUAUAACCUUUGGUUAUCGUUAUUUUGUGCAUGCCUGGAAUGUACCUUACUGUAGAAAGGGUCAGAGUCAUAUCUGUUGUCCCACCCACUUUUGCCUGUGGCCCUGCCCGCCAGUGGCAUGCGGCCUCUGCGAGGUUACCUUUGGGGUAAUGUGGUUGUUGGCCAUAGAAAGAUUCCUCGCUCUGUCCUACACCUUGUACAGCUUUAUAAGUGAUUUCUGUGGAUCGGUUGCGUUUGCAUGAACACAUCCAGCCCGCAGAACAAACACCUCCUGCCCACUACUUGAGAGUUCCUUCGCAUUGCAAAGCACAUUCAGAUGCCAAGUAAAUAGGUUUGGCUCUGCACGUCUUCCCUUUUCUAAUCAUUCCCCUCCCUUUCCUCGCUUUCAUUCUGGCUAAUUUACCAUAGCUCUGAUCAAGAAAAAUCUCAAUUUCCCUCUCUGCUGGAGCUCCCUUUUGCCCUUCUCGUGGUAUUAUAUUAUUUGUCUAGCUUUUGCCAUUGAUGGGAAAACAAAUUCAUUUGAAGAAGAAAUAAACCCCGAUGCAUUAAAUUGAGGCCGAUGUACAAACCUGGAGCAACUGUUUCGUACCCUUAAUGGAAAGGAGAUUACAAUUCAUUAUUGGGCAAAGGAAUUUGAACAGCGUUCCCAGGCUUCAUAGGCUUCUGUAUCUCCACAAGCACUGCUGCUUCUGCACAAUUGUUUUCUGUCACCAUCUAGGUCCAGCCAGGCAGGGAGGGGGGAGACAUAGCUCAGAGCACAGGAAUGGCAGGCAGAAGGCCCCAGGUGAGGUCCCUGAGAUCUCAGGUGAAACUGGUAUGAGUGAGGCAACAACCUGUGACCCUGGAAUCAAAUAUAGCUCUGAGAUCUAUAUCAAGACUGGCCAAUGUGGUGCCCUUCAGAUGUUGCUGGGUGACAACUCCCAACAGCCCCAGCCAGUGUGGCCAACAAUCAAGGCCAAUGAGACUUGUAGUCCAAUGACAUCUGGCUAGCCCUUCUCUAUGCAUGUGUGGCUUUGGCCCCACCCACCACCAGCCUGCAAUCCCCAAGAGAUUACCCUAAUGCAAUGUGACCCGUGAUGGGGAAAAGCUUGCUGCUCCGGCACCAGGUUAAAUGGAUCCCAGGCAGCAGGGCUUAAGAAAAGUCUUCCCUGGGAUGCUGAUAAAUCAAUACUAGAUGGAUUGGUAUUAGUAUUAUUCCAACUGGCACUGAUUGCCCCAACCACUCUGAGCAGCUUCCAACAAAAUAUAAAAAACACAAUAUAAAUAUAAAUACACAGAGCUGGGCCAUAUAGACCAGUAAUCUAACAACAUAGCAGCUCCAUGUACUUCAACCCCAUCCCUCUUUCUGAGCAGGACUUUGAAACACUUCUGAGAGCAAUAUCCUAGUCAAGGCACAGGGAAGAGGAGUGUGUGUGUGUGUGUGUGUGUGUAGGCAUUGCAGUCCUCUGCCUCCAGGCUUCUGAGAGUUCCGCUGCUUCUGUAACCUGCAUGAUUGGUUGCUCCAGGCUGCCACCACAUUGUGAGUUUACCCUUUAUCACUCACAUUACAUGUAGCUCUAGCCCAAUCUAAGCAUAGGCUGCCCAUGGCCCAUAUAGAACUCGAUCGUCUUGAAUGUAGAACUCGAGUGUAUGUAGUUUUCAACUUGGUUUUAGCCAUUUGUGCAUUGCUAGAUGGGGGAUGUGUUGAUCUGUAUACUUGUACGGAGACAGGUCAGCUCUCCAUCUUCCCCAUACUGCAUACUGAGGCUUCCCAAGCACUCAGGGUCCCUGUUCCUUUCCAUUUCGUUUGCCAUGUUGAUCCAGCUAUGCACACAGUCAAAAAAGUUUGUUGUGAAGUACAGCGACACAGCCAAAAGCCUGAGUGAAUAAAUAGCUCUUCUGUUUGCUCUGAAAGCUUCUAAGACUCAAUGUCAGUCGAUACUGUGUGUGGGUGUUAUUGCUGGCUAGAAAUGAUCUUGCAGACACACCAAAUAACCACAACAUAGACUAAUAUAGCAUUAGUCUAUGACCCCACAGGCACCAUUGCAGACACUGCCCAGGUCCCCAUAUGUUAUAUUUCAAGAGUUGGCAAUCCUUCACUGCAUUGACCUUUGUUGGUCACAGAAGUUGUGCAGGCCUGAUCUACAGGCACUCAAGGCACUUACGCAGCUAAAGGUAGAGUGAAUACACAAGAACUGAGUUGAUGGAUGUUGUACUCCAGAACAUCUGGAGGACUCUAGGCUGGUGGCGACUGCUCUACUGUGCUCCAGGCAAAGCCUACCACUCAGUAGACUAGACGAUACUUGACUCGAUGGAUCACAGGUCUGAUUUUGUAUGCCACUGUAUCCUGGAGAAAUCCAGCAUGCACACAACCAAUAUAUGUAGGAAUAACAAGAAGCACAGAUGAAAAACAAAACAAAAUGGAAGCCCCCACAGUAACUGGGUAAAGUGGCCCAUUCAACUAGGGAUUUUCUGAGAGACAGAGCUUACAAUUGUAUGUGUCUUUUAUUGCUAAAGAUGACAUUUUCUCCACUGUUGCUCAUUCACCAUUGUCCCUGCCAGCUGACUGCCUCACUGCUGCCAGCUGUGUUUUUUUGCUACUGUGGACCAGAAUAUUAAAGCUGCUCUUAAGAUAAAGAAAGAUUAAACAACCAGCUAGUGCAGAGACUAGGAGACAGGGGAGGGGCUGGGAAGUUGGACGAGAGAAGGCAUUUAAGAACUCAUAACCCGAAAGAACUGCUCAUGAACAUACGAGAGACAGGGGAGGUGGGGAGAUGCAUGCAGCCACCUUGAAACAAGAUUUUGAUUUUGCACCAAAGUGCCAUAGGGAAAGUGAGCUGGACAAGUUGCAUCCAUCCCCCUGGAAAUUACUCAGCCAUACUUUUGCUGUGCAAUGUCUUUGUAGUGGAACAUUUCUGCCAUCUCGAAUCUUGAACUGCCUUGCUCAGUGGCAGUUUGAUAGGGGCUUGAGCGUUUAUUUUUCUGUUUUGGUGAAAGACUGCAGAAUUUCUAACUGGGAAAUGAGAGCUGUUCUGCUCCAGAAGGAAACUAUUUAUAAUAGCAGAUGGAAAUGGAAAAUGGAGGUGGGCAGGGAGGGAGAAGGAGAGACCGAUAGAUUGCUGCUUUCUCCCAGCAUCUUAAAAAUAACACCCUCCACUCCUAAGACAAAACAACCCAUGUGAUUGUUCAUGUUGAUUCAUAUCACUUGCUCAUAAAACAAACCUCUCUGCCUUCCACUAAGGACAUUAGUUUAGCAGCACUGACAGAGCUUAGAAGGAAACUCAUUUCAAUAGCAAUUUAUAGCCCUUGAUUCACUCAUUCAUCCCCCUACCCCAAAAACCCCCAAGUAUGGGUUGUGGAUUCAUUUUAUUGCUAAUUUUCUUUGGAAAGUCAUAAAAGCAGUACUGUGUUUAUGAAAAGAAAGCUGAUAUAGUCAAUGCUACACGAUUUCCUUAUGUACUAGCUACUUGAUAAAUGUUUCACCAUUCCUAGAAUCUAGAAGACAAGCCUGUAUUGUUAUAGAUUGGUAUGACCAGUGUUUUUCUUCUAGGAAAAAAAAGUGCUGGUACUGCAUACCUUUGAGUACCCUCAGAGAAAAAGCACUGGGUAUGACAAAGGCGAAAUACCUAGUGGGGAGAAGAGGAAGCUUCUGUUAUUCUGCACCAGCCUAGAAUCAAGCAAUCUAUAUAUUGUCAGUGCCUGGAUGCCCAGUUCCCAAAGACCCUUAAUUUCUUGGGGAGUGGAAGAUCAGAUCAACUGUUUUGUCCUAGACAUUAUGCUUUUGACUGGUUCUGAGAAUUUGCCUGAGGAAUUGUCUUUUGGCAUCAUUAACUUUUCUGUCAAUGGCCUGUCAGCUUUUGAAAUUGUUGACACAGGCCAUUGAUACAAUCGCUCUGUGGCACCCGCUCAACAUACAUCUGGUUGUUUUCUCGUCCUCCUCCACAUCUAACACUUACUAAGCACUGAACAUAGAUUAAAAUAUAAGACAGGCACUGUGAAUAGGCUUGCAAUCAAGUAGACAUGACACAAAAGAAAAAGGGUAUGGGAAGGGAAAAGAAGAGAAAAGCAAGCAGUGGAACAGUUUCUCUUUCACUGGCCAAUGGAUGCAGCCAUGUUGGUCACUCCCUUGCCAUUGGGGCCUUGGCCAGUGGCAGAAUUCAAAGUAUGAAUGAUUUAAAGCUGAGAAAAGCACCUUUGGUGAGGGGGACUCCACCGCCAUCAUAUGCAUCCUUCUCUGGCAGUUUGCUUAUGGAGAAUAAUGGAUAUUAAAGCAAGAACAGAAAAGGUGGAAGCCUUAUGCUGAAUCUAACUGACCAUCUCAAAUCAUCUUGAAUACAUUUGAUGUGGCAGUGCUGGUGCUAAAAUGUCCUUUGUCCUUCACUGUUGUGUCUGUGCAAUGCUGUAGACCCAAUUCUGUAGACCCAUUAUAAGACAGGAGGGGACCUAUAUAGCCUGGUUUUCCAUGUUCAGAUGUUGUGAUGCCACGGGCCCCUUGCAGUAUUCACAGGCAUUUGGUGGAUGAAACCAUUCACAACCACUACAACUUAUAUACUUCUGCUGAAGCUAAGUCUGAAACAGAAUCAUCUACAGCAGAUGCAUGCCAUAUUUGCUUGGGUCACUGUGUGUUGCUGUAACCCCAGGAUCCUGACAGUAUAUUUGGCCAGUCACUCUUUCACUUGUCUCCUGCAAACAUGCUGCAGCCAGCAGGAGAGACGUGGACUGUUGCCUGUGGAAGUUAUGAAUGCCUCUCUUCAUGAAAUGAAGGCUGCAUCCCAUUUAAAAACUUGCUAUUUUAAGAUGGGUAGUCUCAGGAUAAUGUAGGAAAAAACAAUGGCAUUCUGUGCUGGAGGAUAUAUUUUGCAAUGUGUCACAUGAUAAAUGUAUGCACAGUUUUUUAGUGCCAUUUAUUAAAAGGAAGGCAUGACAACAUUUACUGACCAUAUGCUCUGGAGCAGGGGUCAGCAAUCAUUUUCAGCCGUGGGCCAGUCCACCGUCCCUCAGACCAUGUGGUGGGCUGGACUAUAUAUUCAUUUUUUGGCUGGGGUGGGGGAAAUGAACAAAUUCCUAUGCCCCACAAAUAACCCAGAGAUGCAUUUUAAAUAAAAGCACACAUUCUACUCAUGUAAAAACACACUGAUUCCCAGACCAUUCUUGGGCCAGAUUGAGAAGGUGAUUGGGCCACAUCUGGCCCCCGGGCUUUAGGUUGCCUACCCCUACUCUGGAGUAACCAUGAUAAUAUCAGUGACAACACAUCAGUAUAAUUGAGCAGCAUAUUGUUCCAGUGAGAUGUGAGCAUAUAGAAAGUUUUCUACUGGCCAGCAUUGGCAUGUAUUGAGGAGCUGUCCAGUGCUGAAGUACCCCAAAGGCUAAUCUUUCAUAAUUCAUCAUCAGUAAUCUGCCACACAUACCAUUAUGACUGUACUGGCAUUUUUGACGGCAAAGAAGUAAGCAUGAAGAAUGAAAGCUGAUGUUUAUUAUAUAUAAAAAAGGUAUAUUGCAUCUUCAGAAGAGCAUAUAAAAAAGAGCCCACAUCCCCAGGAAAAGCUAAUCAGGAAUUAAUCACUUAGGCAUGAAUAUUUUAAAAUCAGCACUUGCAUUCCAAUAGUAACAUGCCUUCAAAAACCUCAAAGUACUGUACAGUCUCUGUGGAUAAGCUGAACAGUUUUUAAUGACCUUUACAGGCACUCAGGUUGGUCAAAGGAAGGUACAGCUGUGUUGAAACUGCUCUACAUGGUUUCUGCCUUUUUGUCACUUACUGAAAACACCAUCAAUUUUUAAAAACCUUCUUUUAUUCCCCCCAUUAAAAAAACCUUUUUGCUCAUGUUCACAAAUGCCAUUAUAUGAUGAAGACAUUUGUCUGCACCACUGUUGUGGGACAAUGUCGUCGCACUGCUUGUGAUUGGCUGAUGAAGGGUUCAUGGAGGUGUUCACAGAAUUAAAAAGCCAAUAACAUCAAUGAAGCCAGAAACCACAGCGAAAGGAGCAGGAACACAGCAGAAAGAGGUACCAGAAUAGAAUAUAGAAAGCUGGUGGUGCCAAAUCAGGCUUGGCCAAAUCUCAGAAGUUUGGAAACUUUAGGCAAACAUUCUGCCCACAUUUUCUUUUUACCUUGAAAACCAGCAGGCAACAUGAAAUAUUUAUUUAUUACAUCCAAAUCCUACCUUUCCUCCAAGAAGCUCAAGGUAGUGUACAUGAUUCUCCGUUCCCCAUUUUACCCACACAACAACCCUGCGGUGUAGGUUAGGCUGAGAGACCAUGAUUGAUUUAAGAUCACCCACUGAGCUUCAGAGUGGGGAUUUGAACUCUGGUCUCCUAGGCCCUUAGGGAUGUGGGUGGUGCUGUGGGUUAAACCACAGAACCUAGGACUUGCCGAUCAGAAGGUCGGCGGUUUGAAUCCCCGCAACGGGGCUCCCAUUGCUCGGUCCCAGCUCCUGCCAACCUAGCAGUUUGAAAGCAUGUCAAAGUGCAAGUAGAUAAAUAGGUAAACGAUGGGAAGGUAAACGACGUUUCCGUGCACUGCUCUGGUUCGCCAGAAGCGGCUUAGUCAUGCUGGCCACAUGACCCGGAAGUUGUACGCCGGCUCCCUUGGCCAAUAAAGCGAGAUGAGCACCGCAACCCCAGAGUCGGCCACGACUGGACCUAAUGGUCAGGGGUCCCUUUACCUUUACCUUACUCCUAGGCCCUAGUCCAAGUCUAACCAUUACAGUAUUGUAGUACAGUACAAUACAACAACAGUACUGACAAUAUUCCCAGCUCUUUGAGAGUUUAUCACUGCCUACUUAUCCCCCUUUCCCCCUUUGCUCAAAGACAGGAAGAAUCUAUCCCGGACAUUUCUUUCUGCUUGUUACGGAGUAUCAAGGGAUCGCCCUCUCUGCCUUCCCUUCCUGUGCUGUUUGCUCACUCAUUCGUAUUGGAACAGCUAUUAGAAACUCAUUGGGGUUUCAUAUUGCUGAGGUUUCUUCUUUUUAAUCUAAUAAAUUAUGAAGAGCUGACCUGCAGGCUCACGCUCUCUGAAAGCUCCUCCCGGGGAGAUAAUUUCUUGUUCAACUCCCAGCCAUGUUAAUAAGGCUUGUGCCAGAGGGGUUCUCCACCGAUUAUGCCAUUAUAUCAAAGGAGUUGGGGGUGGGAAUAAAAAUAUGUAACUAACACAUGUAUACUUUUUUUUUUUUUUUUAAAUGCCCCUUUAUAGACAGACCUUACUUAAGCACACACAUAUAUAUAUAUAGUUCUCUCCAGUGUUGAAUAACUUUGUCUAUGAGCCCCUCGGUCUUUAUGUCUUCCUGUGCAUUAUACACAAGACAGUCUUUUAUUAAAAGAGCUGAAUUUGCAAACUGUAGGCUUUGCUCAGGGUGGAGGGAGAUGAUAUUGGCAAAAUUACGCAAAGGAUUUCAAAGGUUUGUUCAAGCAUCAUGUUGGAUGUUCAGUACUCUUGAGUAUUUCAACAACCGUGCAACAAAAACCUAGACAGCAGUCCUUUGCCCACUUUCAGUACUCAGAUUACUCCUCCUCCUGUAUAUGCCAUUGUAAACAUCAAGAGCUAGGAUUGCACAGAGGUAAAAAAAAACACCUAUGUGACAAAUCAGAAUGUGCUCAGUUCAGUUUUUGCUUUAGCCAUUAAGCAGUCUGAGAUAAGUCACAGUUUCUCUGCUGCAGCCCCCGCAAUGGGGAGCUGAAUACUAGUCGACAUUACAGAGUUGUUGUGAAGAUUACUGUGAAAGCAUGAAGUACUGUUAUCAUUCUAAAGUACAAUACCAGUGGGUUGUUGUUUUUUAAAUCUUCAACAUAUCUUGUCCAAAGCCCUGUUCAAGAAUUACUUACAUACUGGGCAUUUUUGGAUAUUGUUUUUCCUUAAUUAAAAAAAUGACCUCUAUGUGGCUUAUAAAUCAAAACACAUUGAUAGGAAUUACAAAACAACAACAGAAGGUAAGAAUUCCCCAUGCAAAUGGGACUUCUGCAUUAUCAGGGUUUUCAGUUGCAGGGAGGAUGCUUUGCAUUAUUAAAAAAACAGCAAUUACAAUGUCAUUGUAAUCAGUAUACAAUACAGAAAGUGUGGAGCAGUGGUUCCAGCACCCCACCACCACCCUCACGGGGCUACUUGAAUAUAGCUAAGGGUCUUGUCGGAAAAUUUAAUGAUUUUUCUGCCUGUUGUAAUGGUAAUGCUGUGCUAGAUGCUAAGUGUUUUUUGUUUUUUAAAAAAGAAAUAUGUACAAAAUUCAAAUUUCAAUAUAAUAAAAUGCAAUAAGAAAUAAACAAAGCAAUACAAAUACAAUUUAAAAUCCAAAUGAACAUUUUAGACAUUAUCUGCUUGCCUUUUGUAUGAACCAACAACACCUACUCUGAGUCACUCUUUUUCUGUUUCAUGAGCUCUCUCUCAUUUUCCCGUUUUCUCACUGCUUCCUUCGUUCCCAUGAAUUGACUCUCCAUGCCUUUCAAGUGCUUUGCCAGCCUCCCCCUGCCUCCAUUUUGCUGCCCUCUAUGACUUUAUUCCUUUGAGGAAGGCAGAGCUUGUGGAUGUAAUAUCAGAGCCUCUGCCUAUAAUCAUUGAGAAUUCUUGGAGAACAGGUGAAGUCCCUGAAGACUGGAAGUGGGUGGAUGUCCCCAUCUUCAAAAAGAGGAAAAAAGAAGUCCCAGGUAAUUUCUGACCAGUGAGCUUGAUAUCUAUACCAGGAAAGGUCCUAGAACAGAAAAUUCAACAGUCAGUCUGUGAUCACUUAGAAAAGGAUGCAGUGAUUACUAAGACCCAGCAUGGGUUUCUCAAAAACAAGUCAUGCCAGAAGAAUCAGAGUUCAUUGUUAUUGGUUUUUUUUGAUAGAGUUACAAGCUUGGUGGAUGAAGGGAACUUAUAGUUGUUCAACAUCUUUAUAAACAACUUGGAUGAAGGAAUUGAGGGUAUGCUCAUCAAAUUCGCAGGUGACACCAAACUGGAAGGGGUAGCUAAUGCCUCACUUCUUUUUGCCUAGGUUCCAUUUUAUGUUAGGGAGAUCAGCCUGCCAUAGGAUUUAUUUAUGCACUAUCACAAUCAUGUCUGAAGCCUUUCCCUCUCUGAGAUAGUAUGGGGAGAAAGGGGGAAGAGGGGCAUAAUACAUUGUGUCAGGGUGGUGUGUUUGUAUGUCUGAGCAAAGAGAAGCAAAACAUGUAUCCUGGGGCUACCCUAGAGAAAGGAGGCUGCUAUCUGGAUGUCAGUGGAGGGGAAAGGCAGCUUGCUUGGAAGUUUUAGUAUUCAGCCUGAAUGUUGCUAUUCAAGAUUUCAGCAGGAGCAUCACUCAUUGGCUUUCUCCACUGUUAUUUCCAUCACAGCUGUUUUCACAGAGCUAUCCAUUGCCAAGCCCCAGGGAACUGGGAAAGAGUGAAGAUGCUUUUCUAUGUGUUUGACUUUAAGGGCUGGGGGGGGGGUGAGGAUGCUUUUUAAGUACUGGGUUAUUUCACUAAAUUGACAUGUCCCUCUUGGAAUGUUUAUCAAAAAUAUUGAGCUCAUUGGAGUCGUAUUAGGACUUCCCUGGGACUUCUGAUCUUAUGACCACUUUACACAGUACAUUUUUAAGCUGUAUAGCUAAAGCAUCAUUAUCAUUACUGGAUAGCACUUUCGAGUGCUCAAACCUUUCUGCAUGUAUUUUGUGAUUAUUACAACAACCUUGCAAGGCAAGGAGGUAUUAUUAUCCCUCACCCCCAUCUUGCAGAUGGAGGAAUCCAGAGGAUCUGGACUGGCUGCAGAUCCCUUUUGAAGAUAAUCUUCAUGGCAAUUCUGCAUUUGUUGCUGCGGCUUAGUCAUGCUGGCCACAUGACCCAGAAGUUGUACGCCGGCUCCCUCGGCCAAUACGAUAUGAGCCCCGCAACCCCAGAGUCGGUCACGACUGGACCUAAUGGUCAGGGGUCCCUUUAAUGUGUGCAACAGCCCAUGCCAAGCAAACCAUAUGGUUCAUUCCUUCCAUUGUGUAUCUCAAGGCAAUAUAAAUAAGGUUUGAGAGUGGGUUCUUUUCCAGGCACUGACAAGCCCAAACCUUCUUGAGCUUCAGCAAGGUUUCCACAGUGUGGUCCUUUAGGCCAUUCAAGAUUUGAACAGCAACUGCCCAGAUCACACAAGCAUGGCUAAAACUGUGGUUUGAUGAAGACAGGGGCCAAUCAGUAGCUGGGAGCCCUCUGACUCAAUAUGUCUUUGAACAGUAUUGCUCUUGCAGCUAGGCUUAAAUUUCAUAGUUGUAGUUCUCAGAGCAGUGCUGAGAUGUUAUACAGUAGCUAGAUGUUACAGAUGUUAAGUUCCUCUCCAGCCAUACCCUCUCUCUCUAGGACACACCCCUCACCUACCUCACUUUACACCUUCUUUGAGUUUGCCUGGGUGGAAUGUGCUUGAUUACUCUGCAGAGUCUCUUGCUUGGCUGGAGGGAGACUAAAGAAAGAUAUGUGAGUCUGUAUGCAGAAACUAGGCUACUGUCCAAAGGUAAAAUUUACACUUGUUGUGCCAUUCACUUUUGCUUCUGGCCCCACCCACCACUGGCAUGUGGCCCCUGAAAAGGUUGCCCAUGAGGGAAUGUGGCCCUCACCAUUGGCCAUGCUGGCUGGGGUUGAUGGAGUUGGAGCCCAACAGCAACUAGAGAACCACAGGUUCCUCUUCCCCGCUACAGAGUUUGACUAGUGGUGGAGAGAACAGGAAACCCACCCUAAAGACCACCUGCCAAUCUAAAUUCAUUUAAUUGACAAAUGGAUGGCACCCUCAGUGGCUCAUCGUGGAUCUCUAACGGGUCUGGGUUUAUUAUGAAUGGCUUGGAAUACUUCUAAAACAUCUCCAGAUAAGAAGUUCAAGCAAAUCGGAAGUGCUGCGCCUACACGUGCAACGUAAAAUGGACAACUAAGGUGGUCAGAUCCACCAACCUACUCAAUCUGUGUCAGGACUCCUAAAUCCCUUGCUGCACCAUGAGGAAGAUACAGAAGAAUAUGGUCUGCUCUGCUGUGUGUGAGGGGCUCAUCACCUUCCCCUGGGUCCUCACUAAUAGCAGCAUAGGUCUUGCCGGCUUACAUAAGGUCCCAGAUAGUCUUGUUGAGACAACAUACUCCAAAACUAAGCCUGCAGGGCCACUGAGAGCAGACCUGGGAGCUGACCAGGGUCCUGACAUACUUAGAGGGACCUGACCCUGAAUUUUUGCCUGACCUGUUUCUUGCUUUCAUUUCCCCUGUGAACCCCAAGCAUGCACAGAGUCGGAUAGGCUGCUGGUGCACUGGCUAAGAAUGCGACUGUGACAAUUUAUGUGACUCUCUUUGAACACUCAAAUAGCGAUAUAUAAAGAACUGCUAUUAUUUCUCCGAUUAAAGUUGUUGGGCUUUUUUUUGUUUAGCCUAUUAAGGCAAUGUGGCUAAGUGGACUUAAAUUUAAGUAUUGCAGCUGAAUUGGUUUACAGAUCACAGCCACCGUGAUACCUGACAAUUAGAAGCUUGGGAUGCAUUCCUAAUUGCCUAGUUUGAUAAUGCACAUUCUACAAUAAAGACAUCAGCAUUAAUUCACCCCGAUCCAAUAAGGUUGUGGCUUUGGAACAGUGAUCUUGUGAAAGUCCGAGUUUCUCAAAUGCUUAUAAAAGCGUCGGCUUGCCUGUCACCACCCAUUUCCCCUGGUAAUGCAAUGAUGUUGUUGCCAAAGCUCAUAAGUUGACAGCAUACAUUUGACAUGCCUGUGAUAUUAUUAAUUACAUUUAUAUCCCACCUUUCCUCCAAAAAGAACAAAGUAGUGUACCAGGUUCUCCUCCUCCCCAUUUUAUCCUCACGUCAGCCCUGUAUGGUAGGUUGGGCUUGUGACAGUGCAACUGGCUCAAGAUUAUGCAGUGAGAUUCCUGAACUUGUGGGGAUUUGAACCUGGGUCUCCCCAGUCUUAGUGGGGCAUCCUAACCAUUGUGCCAGACUGGCUUUGUUACAAGCAGGAGACCUGAGAAUAUGGUUUGUUGAAAGCCAUCUAGCUAAUACAUGGCUAAGAUGAGAUUUGGUCCAGGCACCAGGUGACUUUCUGACUCAUUGUUCAUAUUGUUGGGGAGAGAGUCCUGUGCCUGCUUACACUUCUCCUUUUCCACCUUACCGGACAGCACAAUGAUCCAUGUAGGGCUUCUUCCCUGAAAUAAAAGCUUAUUUAAGGAGCUCCUAGAUCAUCAGUGCAUCUUUACCAAUAAUUGAUGUCUCAGUGACUCUUUAUUGAUCAUUUAAUUUCUGUCUCCAAACAAGCAGGAAUAAAGAACGUUCAGCCUUUUAAACUUCAUAACCCAUGAAAAACAGAUAAGACAAGGAGACUGAACAAAGGACAAGGAGCUUGUAACUCCUCUCUGCUACUGUGCCCUGGCCUGGAGAAGGUUAACAGCCAGGCUGUGUGGGUUUCAUAACUGUCCUUUGGACCUCUGUGUUGUCCUUUGGCUGUGGAAGAGCAACUGUGAGCUCAUCAUUCUCUAGUGGUGAUUCAGUGCUUGGGUGCCUUCAGAUUUGGAAUAUUUAUCUUUCCCACCAGCUGCUACAAUUACCCAGCUAUGUGCAUCUGGUGCAACCUUACUCAUAAUCCUCUGUUUGAACCUCAACCCUACAUUGAAGGGUCUGAUAUAGUGAGGUGACCAGUGCUAGUGGUAUGGCAGGAUCUGGCCAAGGGUUGUGCAUCAGGGUUAAGGAGGCAAAGUGAAGGGUCAGGAUUGUCCCAAGGCAGAAUUUUAAGGCACACUCCACACUCCUCAGGUCAAGGGUAAGAAGAUGCACCAAUAUGUCACCUUCAGACAUCACGGGCAAUCAGGCUGCCUUGGGUCCCUACAGUUCAUUUGUAGACACAUCUUUGAUUUCUACUUUUCCCAGAAAGUAGGGUUAGUGAGCUGGAUACACAUUCUCUCUCUCCUUCCUCCCGCUCCGCUGUGCUCCCAAUCCAUGAGCAUCACUCACUUUCCAGAGACCCCAGUGUGCCCUGGCUACAUCUGACUUCCAGCAGCUUGAACAGUAGAGGAGGCUGCAUGCUACUUUGAGAAUUAUUUUGUAGCUGUUUUGUAACCUCCCCAAGGAAUCCUGGGAAGUGUAGUUUGUUAAGGGGGCUGAGAGUUGUUAGGAUACCUCUGUUUCCUUCACUGAGUGACAAUUCUCAGUAAGGUUUAACAACCAACCCCUUUUCCUAGGGACUUGUGGGAAUUGUAGCUCUGUGGAGGGAAAUAGGGGUCUCCUAACAGCUUUCAGGCUCCUUAACUGUCAGGAGCCAACUUCUAUGGGCCAAGGUUCCUUUGCCUUCCCCCAUUAAAAUAUUUGAGGGGGCUGCCCCCCAAGUUGAUAGGUAUUGCCAGUCAAAUGGGGUGCAUGCACCGUGUCUUGUGAUUGAUUAUGUAGGCAGAGGCUUACCCAAGCCCCCCAAUAUUUUAUUCAAGCUGGCACCCUUGAUCAUGACCUUCCAACAAUCACUACCCUUCAGACAAUUAUUAUUCUAAGCUUUGCCUUGUUAACCUUGACACUCAAGCCCUAGCCAGAUCCUAACCCACUACGAGCAGCAGCCAUCUCACCAUAUCAGGACCUACAAAGGGUUAAAUUUUAGCAAGAGGAUUACGAGUAACAUUGCACCAGAUGUAUGCAGCUGGAUAAAUGUAGCAGCUGGAGGGAAUGAUAAAUAUCCCAGCUCUAAAGGCACCUAAGCACUGAAUUACUACAAGAGAAUGAUGAGCUCACAGUUGUCCUUUCACAGCCAAAGGAAUAGAUGGAGACACUGCCUUUCAAACUUGGGAACGGAUCUGACUGUGGGUGGUAUUCAGCUAAGUUUUAUUCAGAACAGGCCCACUGGAACGAAUGAGCAAGACUAAGCUAGGUCCAUUGAUGUCAAGGGGUCUGCCCUGAGUAAAAGUUGGUUGAUACCACCACCCUGUAAGUUCCAGUUGAAACUUACCACCCCAGCAAAUGAAGCAAAAUUACAAGAGAUUACAACCAUCUUCUCAUUGAAAACAAAUGUGGGCAAAAGCACAAGAUGUGGCGAUACGCCUCCCGAAACAAGCUGCAGGCUGAAAUUUGCUCGUAUUUUAAAUUUUCAUCAGUUCAGCUCAAAUGGUGCAUUUGUAAAAGAACAAAGAAUAGCAACUGAAUUUAUUAUCCGCUAUGAAUAGCUCUGUCUGAACACAUGAAAGGGAAGACUGUUUUGGAGGCGAUUAUGGCAGCAACAGGAGGCUUUGUGAAUGCACCUGAAGAAUGCCAUGCGUAGUUUACACUGUGAACAAAUGCUUUGAUUUCCACUGCACCAUUGAUGGUGGGUGCCCCUUGGGACCAGAAGGGAAGGAAGGUCAACAGUAGGUGGAGUCAGAGCCAAUGGCAGGCAGAGCCAACUGAGUCUAGUUUUGGCUCCUCCCCCUUGUUGAGUUCCACAAAGGUAACAGUGAGAUUUAGGAGGAGGAACCUGGCAGUCAGUCCUAUGCCCUGGACUGGUUGUCAGCAUGAAGGCAGGCAGGUGGAGGUAGCUAUGAAUAAGAUCACUGCCAUCCCUCAUGUCUUCUUUUCCUCUUCUUUUUCUGCAUCUGUGGGUUUGUGUACUUUGCUGGCUCUCUAGAGGACAGCUUACACUGGGCAGGUAUAUAAUAGUGUAAAGUUUAAUUCCAGACCAAUAAGCCUUUUACAGCUUUGUGCCAAAACCUUCAUCCCAUACUUGUAACAGAAGUAAGUAUGAUGGAAGGUUAGGUUUUGUGUCUUUCAGGCUGGCAUAACUAUCUUUUUAAAAAAUGCGCAGAAGGAAGCAAUUGGGGCACUUUAAAAAGGAUCACAAUGGCUUUCUUUUUUUAAGUAUGGUUCUUAGUUGGAAACUUUCGUUCUGGGUGUGCAUUUGGUGCCCAGAUGGCGAAGGCACACGCCGGAGCCCAUCACGCUGUCAGGGCAGACGUGUACAUAUGUAAAUAUUUUGCUUUCCCCCCUAUAAUAUUUGGCUUUGUCUAAUCUAAUUGCUGUCAAAGGCAGAAUGUUAGAAGCAUGGAAGGAAAGCAAACAAUGGAACACCUCCGGUAACUUGGGAAGAUGCAAACCCGCCUCUGUUGUAACUAGCAAUUUGGUUGCAUAAUGAUUUAGUCACCCUCCACUUUUGUGGUGUGUUCAUGCCAAGUGCAGUUUAAUGACCUAACGUGGCUCAAAAGGCUCAUUUGAUAAAGGCGAAGUGGUAGAAAAGACCUAGCCUGUUGGAUACCAAAUAUCAUAACAGAAUUGUGUCCAGAUUAAAGAAGCAGUUUUACUUUAGUCUGCCCUGGUUAAGCGCUGCCUCUGGAGUGUAUUGUUCAGCACCACCUUUUAAGAAGGGCAUUGACAAGUUGGGCUGUGUGCAGAGGAGCUUGACCAGGAUGUCGAGGGAUCUGGAAACUGUAAUGUUCAGGGUUCACUGUGAGAAAGCCGUGGCAAAUAAUACGAUUGUACUAUUGCAGUAUGAGCUUCUACAGACAACCUGUUUGUUGACCACCCUGAUUUCCAUGAACAAAGAUCAGAUGGAGUCAUGGGCAUAGCCAGGGGGGUGCGAGGAGGGGCAGCCUAAGUCAAGUACAGUGGUACCUCAGAUUAAGUACUUAAUUCGUUCUGGGGGUCCAUUUUUAACCUGAAACUGUUCUUAACUUGAAGCACCACUUUAGCUAAUGGGCCCUCCUGCUGCCCCUGUGUUGCCGGAGCACGAUUUCUGUUCUCAUCCUGAAGCAAAGUUCUUAACCUGAAGCACUAUUUCUGGGUUAGCGGAGUCUGUAACCUGAAGCAUAUGCAACCUGGAGCAUAUGUAACCCAAGGUACUACUGUAAAUAAAUAGAAAUACUUAACUAACUGACCAAUUGCAUUGCAGAUAUCUCACUUCUGCCCCACUAACAUAAAGCCUGCCCCUCUAAAAUAAAUCUUGACUACACCCAUGGAUGGAGUUUAUAUUAUAUCUGGUAUUUACUGAACCUUGGUUUGUGGGGAGGUUACACAAUGGUGAGCAUUCGCACAUUAUCCCAAUGUACUUUCAGGGUGUUCACACACUUUCACUUUCCCACUAGUCAGCCCUCUCCACUUUUCAGUGUAUUAACUGGGCUCACAGUGAUUCCAGGACAAUAGUGAAUGAGGCUUCCUGCAACAUCCUGACUGUUUCUCUAGGCUUAUUGAUGUUAAGCAAUCCUCCUGCCGGUGUCCCACAUCAUCUAGGUGUGGGUCUCUCACGCUGAAUUGUGCAAUGCUGCUGGAAUGGAAUAAGUCUCUCUUCUUGCAUAACAAACAUUGCCUUCUUCUUGCCUUUCCCAGGAGCAAUUGACCAGUGUUCAUACAUCAAGUACCACUACUCCUCAGCAACAAUUCCCAAGAACCUCACCUACAACAUUACGAAGACCAUCCGCCAGGAUGAGUGGCAUGCCUUGCGUAAGUCUCUGGUCUCCUUCCUUUUCUCAGCAUUUCUGGGUAGCCAGCAGGCAUUGCUUCCCAUCUGCAAGGGGGUGAAAGGGACAAUAAGUUGGGCUUCUUGCUACUCUGUUGUUUGCUUGCCUGUGCUGGGGAUGCUGCAGCGGGAAGGAAUAUGGUUGGUGACACAGCAUAACCGUGCGCUGGUGGCUAUUGAAUUACAUUUGGAAGUUAUGAACAGAUCCAGUGCUGGGAUGUCUAAUUCAAUCAGAACUUCAGCAUGCUAA